AAAUGCAGCAGUAAUAUAGACAGAGGUAAAUAUUUGCCUCAGGCUGUUUUCAGUAAGGAAUCUGCCACAGUCAUUGUAUAAAGAGAGACUGCUGAAUGGGUUUCUUUAUGAAUAGGACAGGGAUCCUAUGGAGAAAAGGAGGAGGGAGGGCUACAGAAAGGUGUUCUAUUAAGAUAAUCAACAUAUCCAGUAGGUGGUGUAAAUAUGCUUUUGAAAAGGCAUCUUAAAACGUAAUUUUUCCCUAAAAAAAACAACUUAUUGUACAACCAGGAAGUGAAGGGUGCAGAUCAUUUCAGCGCUUAUUGUGGCAUUGUCAAAACCAGAUAAGAGAGGAUCCGACACACAACACAUGGCUUCCGAGGAGGCUACUGACAGUAAGAAUAAUUUACUUAUAUGGCAAUUCUGAAUUUCUUUUAUGGAUAUUGUGUGAAGACACAGUGUAUGGUUGGGGGACUUUACGGUGUUAUUUAUAUUUUCAGUGCUUCAUUGACAAAUGGCUCAGCAAAGCUUUGUUAGUCCUCUCUGAGCAAAGCCAAACGGUGUCAGAGACACCGUUCAAAGAUCUCUUAGGUCACGUUCACCUUGCUACAGCUGAGGUCCCAGGAGAUGGGUACAUUUAUCCCGACAUGUUGUGAAUUGAAAUAUAGGGGCUUUGUAAUGAUAUUACUCCAGUAGCAAACAGAGAAAUGUUAUGUGCUCUUUUAUGUUUUAUAUAUUGUGUAUAUACUUUAUUUUUAUUAUAUAACACCACUAUUAUGAUUUAAUUUCUUUAUUUUGUUAAACAGCUAGCAGCAUUUGUCUGUUCUCAUUUUAAUAAAACAAAACAAACAAUAAUACCAGGACAAAGUCUAAUAUAUGUAGUGAAUAUCCAGAUGCACAGAGCAAUUUCUGGCGUUAUUUUGUUUACAAUGAAACAGCAAGGUAAGAAUGGAAUGUUGUUUCUUCAGGAUUGAAAAGAGAUAGUAAUUCUAAACAGAAUCAAUAUAGAUAGAAUUAAUUUGUCAAUAUUAAUAAUAAAUUAUGUUAUUUAUUCUGACAUCUUAUUAAAAGGUAAUUGCAAUAUUUAUGUGUGUAACCCUUUAAGGACCAAACUUCUGGAAUAAAAGAGAAUCAUGACAUGUCACACAUGUCAUGUGUCCUUAAGGGGUUAAACAUAAAUGGGAUAAUAAAAUGACUAUGGUUGCCAAUUUAUUCAUUAUGCAUUGGUUUCCUGGGGAUACUUAGUUAAAAGAUGAAUUAGAGUAAGAUUAAAUAAAUUAAUGGUUUGAAUGAGUAAUGCAAUAAUAAUUCUGAAUGUCCUAACCGAAUGCCAUUCAGCAGUUCCGAAGUGCCAAACCGAAUGCCAUUAGUCCGAAUUGCUGAAGCAGACACAUUUUUUUAGUUACCUGAAUUUCCGAACCUGACCAAAUUUUUGGCCCACGCACAUCCCUACUCUUAAGAGUCAUAAAACACGACAGUUGUCAUUGGUGCUGCAGUAAACAGAGUCUGUCUCUGUGAAUACGCCAUCAUGUUGUACAGGUCAUAUUGAUGGAUAUUGCAGGGAUUUAUGAUCUGACAUCUUGCAAACCCAGCAGUCUCCAUCUGUUGCAUGUUCAAUGUAAGUGUAACUAUCCACACAGGGAUUUGCAAGAGCAUCCAGUAACUGGGACAAUGAACUUUUGGCUCAGGUGCAAGUACAAACAAAGUCAAUUUGUUGGUACUUGCGCCGAGCCAAAAGUCCAUUGUCCCAGUCACUGGAUGUUCAUUACUAUUGGGCACAGACAUCCCAGGAACAGUUAUUAUUAUGUAUUUAUACCAUAUUCUGCAGUGAUUUACAAUAAUAUUAAUGGGAUAUUUAGAGGUUGAAGAGGACCCUGCUCAAAGUAGCUUACAAUUUAUGAGGAUUUGAGGUAGGUGGAUUGUUAGGUGUCUUGCCCAAUGACACCUUACUGGUAAGGUGAUGUGACUAGGAUUUGAACCUGGGUUACCUAGUUCUUAGCCAGUUACAACUGCUCUAACCAGACAGGAACUCAUGGACUAUAGGUGUCCACCCAACACAGCUUUCAUUGAUGUUCAAAAUAAACACUACAAAACUCAUUCCUGGAUUCAUGUACUUUCAGCCAGCUUGCAAAGUGACCCAGCAACGUUUUGACAACAUUGCUGGUUUACUUUGAGUGGUGGCUGAAUAAAGUGCUAGAAAUAAAGGACUGUGUUUUGGAGCAUUUAUUUUGAAAAUUAUGUGCAUCAUCUGAAGCUGCAUAAGGAGUCGGAUCACUUUGACAGUUUGUAAUGACAGUCUGUUUCCUAAGCCCAAGCUGCAGGACCUGCGUUCAUCCUCUGCUCCCAGUACAUACCAGGAUUAGCAUGCACCUGGUCUGUUUCUGACUGCCCCACACGUGAGGCAGUCCAGCAAUACCCUCAAAUGGUUCUCAUGCAUCAUGAUCGCUGUGAGAAGCUAUCACAGAAGUUGUGCAGUCACUGAUUGUAUCUCAGAGUAAUUAGCCUGUCCCGAUGUCCAUAUGGUUAUAGUUAGGAGUAGGGUUAGGGUUAGAGUUUGAUUUAGAUUUAGAACUAGGAAUAGCUAUAGGAUUAGAGUUGGGAUACGUUUUAGAAUGUAAUUUAGAAUUAAACUCAGCUUUGUAUUUAUUUACUUAGUCUGGGCCAUUUUGUAUAGGAAAAUGGCAGGUUUGUCUUAAGUGGUGAUAAUAAAAAGGAAAAAGAAAAAAGCUACGGAUUGUUACAUUUUUGCAUUUAUUGUGCAAUUUCUUUUCUACUGAAGCACAUAACAUGAUGCCACUGACAGCACAUUAAGGCUUUACCUAGGUCAGUGUAAAUGUACAGGUAAUCAGGUAAUGUCAUUUCAACAAAGGGGAUGACUGGGAUGCCCAUUAGAGGCAUUCAAAUUUGGGCAUUUUUUUAAAUUUUGCCCUUUAACUUACCAUAAACUUGGCUAAAGUAUUUCGGGAGUAUUGAUGCACACAGGCAAUAUAGAUUAAUUCAGAUUGGGAUGUUUAAAACUGCGUGUUUGUGUUCUAGUUUCUCUAAGAGAGUUAGUGACUACAAAAUGUGACUUCUCAAAAGUAGGUAUGCCAUCUCCUAACUAGACUUGACAUUUAUUGGGAAAAACACCUCCACAAUGUAUGGUCUGUGCAAUUCAGUAAUUUGUUCCUGCACAUCCAUAGUUUGUGUAAACACAGCGCAACCCAUGAUCCUAAAUAACUAAUUGUAUGUGAUAGCUCUGCUGAGGUCCAGUUUAGAUUUUGACUUCUUUCUGUCUUCCAUUGCUUUAGAUCAGGCUUCCCCAAACCCUGGCCCUCCAGAUGUUGCUGAACUACAACUCCCAUAAUUCUCAUCCUAUCUAUUUCAGUUAAAGAACCAUGGGAGUUGUAGUUCAGCAACAUCUGGAAAGCCGCAGUUAGGGGAAGCCUGCUUUAGAUGGAGAGCCAGUCAUCAAUCAAAUGAUAUUUGAUUGAUGGAGCAAGGGGCUGUCUUAAAGCAUCAAGUUAUAAGCAAUCAUGCAAAGUUUGUAUGGUGCUUAAACCGACUCUUUAACCCCUUAAGGACACAUGACAUGUGUGACAUGUCAUGAUUCCCUUUUAUUCCAGAAGUUUGGUCCUUAAGGGGUUAAUGGACAAGACCUACUGUUAAACUGGGAGGAAACAAUAUUUCCAACUGUAAUUUAGUCUGUUAGUGUUUUGUUUUUUGUUUUUUUACUGGAUCCAGCCUUGUCCUGUUUGCUCCCUGCAUUAAAACUGAUACAUUUAUUAUAAUUAGGAUAUACAGAAGAGAGAGACAUUUGUUUGGUUAAUGCCAUUUCUAUCUUUGGAAUACAUAGUGGAAUGCAUGAACAUAACACUAAAAAUGUUGGAAGCAGCAAGCCCAUAUUAUCUUUGGUUCAAUGGUAUUUAUUAUGAAAACUCCGAACAGAUUGUGACUUAAGGAGUAAUGUGUAGAACAGGAAUGCAGUGGUUGUCCCUGCUCAUUUGUUCCACAAGCCGUCUGUUCACGCCAGUUUCACAAGCCUUCUUUGUUUAGAUUCAGUUGAGAAAUAUGUUUGUUUCAGGUGAAGAACUGCUAAGACUAAAAAAUGUUCUCCGUGCAACACUUUUAAUCUCUUUAUUUUCUACAGAUUGUAGAACAUUAGCUUUUACUCAGUAGAUUUUCUAUUCUUUCAUUACUGAGAGAUUUCUAAAUUAGGGAUGUCCAAACAGAAUUCUGCCUUUAGAAACAGACAAACCCCAAAAUUUGGACUUAGUAACACACACACAUUUCUUGACUGAGACAACAAACCAAUUUUGAAAUUAGAUGUUCUCAAAAUGUGCCUCAUGUCUAUCCCCCUUAUUUGUCUAAUUUCAAAUCUGUAACCAAAAAUUGUAGAGAUGUAGUUUGGAAAAGUCCCAUUGAUAAAUUAAUGUUGGCUUCUUGAUUUACACUAUAUUCUGUUUGAAAUAUAUUUUAGGAUUGUCCUCAGACUAACCUCAUACCUGUUUAAAAUAGGUAUAUCAAAAAAUGGACACAGCCUUGUGUCAAUGGGCGUUUUAUAAAAUAAUAUUUUCCCCUCCACUUACUAUUAUGAUUAGAAGAUAAUGUUCACUGUCCACAGAACCUUCUUCGGACCGGACAUAAUGCUUUUCACACUGCCCUUCAAUGCUUACAUUUCGAGGUGACUUUAAAUAACACCUACAAUCCUUAUAAAUAACAACUCUGGAUGUAUCAUCACUAUGUUAUCGGCAAUUGCCAGGAAAAAACUUCCUUUAAACCUGAAUAAGCCUUAGUCCUCCUCCCUUUCAGUAGUUUAUUGAUAAAUAAGCCCUAUUAUUUCAUAUAAAAUGGCUAAAUGCACUCACUAACACCAGACAAAAUUUUAAGUCAUGUUUUUCAAAUUUGGGGCCUCUAUAUUCUUAGAUGUCCAAAUGUAAACAUGAAAAGUAAUAAAAAGGAAACUACCAUAUGGUACGUGUACUCGGUUAUAAAAACCAUUGAUUCCAUAAUUCAUGUUUCUUCUUCCAUUGCAAAUUUUUGAAUAUUCUCACUUAUACGAUUUUCUCAUGCUUAAAUGCUUGCUUGACCCUUCUACUUUGCCUCUCCCUUUCUGUUUAGUUAGCAUAUUUAUUUACUUCUCAGCAACACACACGUGUCAAGACACACAAAAGUAGUGUUGUUACAUUUUAUAUUUUUCGUGUUCAUUGUUAUAAAUUGUUAAGGAAAACAAACAUAUUACAUUAAAUCACAAUUCAUUUUUGUGCAUCUCUCUUAAAGGACACCUCUUAUAAUAUAAUAAUACUUUCAUCAAGUUUUGAAAGGAAAUAUAUUUUCCUUAAUGAAGUAUAUGUGAUAUACGAUUAGAAAAACGUGUCCCUACUUUAAUAUAUGACAGGAUCCUUCAGCUAUACACAUGCACCUUGGUUUGGAAAUUGUUUAGAAACUGACAGUGAUGGGUGUAUUCACUAAAGGGUCAGGUAACAGUAGCUGAACUGUCCUUUAUAGAAUACAUAAGCAGGGAAGACUAUAAACUAAUCAGCCGCAACAUUAAAACCAGUGACACGUAAACUGAAUAACAUUGAUUAUAUAUUUUUUUAAAUUGCAUCUGUCAAGGGGUGGGAUAAAUUGGGCAGCAAUUAAACAGUCAGUUCUUGAAUUUCAUGUGUUGAAAAGAAAUAUGGGCAAGCGAAAAGAUCUGAGUGACUUUGACAAAAGACAAAUAGUGAUAACUAGACAACUGGGUGAGAGCAUCUCCAAAAUGGAAACUAUUGUUGGAUGUUCCUACUAUGCAGUGGUUAGAACCUACCAAAAGUGGUACAAGGAAGGACAACCAGUGAACCAGAGUCAGGGUCAUGGGCAUCCAAGGCUUAUUGAUGCAUGGGGAGCGAAGGCUAGUGUAGCUCAAAUGCUUAAAAACGUUGUCUCUAAAUUUUUUGGGGGGUUUUAUCAGAAUAAUGCCAUAUUGGCAUUAUUAUAUAGGUGCACCUAAAUGAAAUGAUGAAAAACUAGGUUUAACUUACCUUAAUCCAACCCCUGCCCCCCCCCCACUUAGCAGCCCCUGUCUCCACCUCUAACCCAGCAGCCCUGACUCUGCCUCAUCCAGCAGCCCCUGCCCCCCCACCUAGCAGCCCCUCCCUCGCCCAAGAGCCCUGUCUCCCCCUCUCACCCAGCUGCCCAAUGUCCCCAUCUCACACCCAGCAGCCCCAUGUCCCCGUCACACCCAGCAGCCCCAUGUCCCCCUCUCACACCUUGCAGCCCUAUAUCGCCCUCUCACCCAGUGGCCACCUGUCUCCUCUCACACUCUGCAUCCCAAUGACCCCCUCUCUCACCCUGCAGCCUCAAGUUCCCUUCUCACACCCAGCAGCCCCAUGUCCUCCUGUCACACCCAGCAACCUCUGUCACACCAUUCAGCCCCAUGUUCCCUUCUCAUACCCUGAAGCCCCAUAUCCCCCUUUACACAUUUCAGCCCCAUGUUCCCCUGUCACACCCUGCAGCCUCUGUCCCGCUGUCACGCCAUGCAACCCCAUGUCCCCUUCUCACAUCCUGAAGCCCUGUGUCCCACUUCAACACUCUAGAUCUCCCCCCCCCCAUACACACACACAUUCCCUAUGCCCCUAAAACUACAUGUGGACUGCAGAUUCUGAGGGGCAUUCAAACACUGUUAUGCCCACUUCGGAGAGGCAAUCAGAUCAUAACUCACAUUUACCUGACCCCAAGACCCUUUAGGAAGAUGAUUGAGUGUGAUGAACCUAUGUGAAACUAAAGGGCAGAUGUACCACCCAUUUUUGUAAAGUAUUAUAAAGAUAAUACUUUUUAGCUUUAUAAAAAAGAAUUCACCUCUGAAUAGACUCCUUUAACAUUUCCCUGCCUUGUUCUGACAAAUCUCCAUUUUUAUCCUGUUAAACCAUGAAAUUCUCUAGCCAAUCCUGUUGCCCAUAUAGCUUUGAAAACCUUCAUACCCUCUGCACAUUUAGAUAGGGUUCUGGAGACAGCAUGAUAAACCAUGAGACUACAGGACACGAUUCUUUAACAUUAGACUUAGGACUAGGGUUCCAUUAAUCUUAGGGAGGCACAUACAUUGUCUGUGAUGGGGCGAGUUACACUCCUGCCCAGCAGUCUUUCUCAAUUCAGCCUAUUUAUAUUUUGUGAUAUGGUGGAAAAAGCACUGAGGAAAAAGUUGCACUGUCUUUGUCUCCCAAACCCUCUACUGUAGCAUAUCACUAAUGGUGUAAUGAAUGAAUAAAUAAUAUUUUUAAUAUACCGUAUAUAUCGUUAUUUUCUGACCAUGUAAAAAAGGUAAAAAAUUUCCGAAACAAACAAAAAAAACACCAAACAAUAAAAUAAUACUCAUCUAUUAACUCUUUCGCUAGAUGGAAAUUUUACAUGGCAGUCCUAUCCUUAAGAAAACUUCAGUUAUUUACUAAAAUUAACGCCAGAUCGCUGUUGUGGACAUAUAUCUACUUUGUAUAAAUAUAUAUAUUUUUGUGUAGAGAUUUUGUUUUCUGUGAUGGCUAUUAAACUUACGAGACAAACAUACCAACUUCUAAAAUUGUUUUUACAUUAAAAUUUUAUUUUGCUUCUUGUAUUUUGUGACCUGUAACUUUCAAAAUAAACUGAAAUCCUACACAUAUUACAUACUCUAUAAAUCAAGACACAUAAAUGAAUGUAUUUUGAAUUCCUAAGCUGAACAUAUUAUGCAAACGUUAUUAUUAUUUCCAAAACUAAAAAAAAUUGUGUUUUUUUUAUUUUGCUUUUUUUUUUUUGAAAAUGAGAAUUUAUGUAUGUAUAUGUCAGAUCAAAGUGCAUAAAUGAUAAAAUGUGUUGCAUAGAAUGCUGUUUGAAAUCACUUCUCAAGUCAUACUGUUGCCAAGUAUUGUGAUACAGGGAGGUGAUCUGCGUUCACACAGCUGGAAUCCUCACACAUCUGGAUCUCUUCUCUUCUCUUCUCCUUACUGCUCACUGCAAUGAGUUAAGGCAAUGAGCUGGUAGAGGAGAAGUGGGUCAAUUUCUGUUGACGUGUUUGUGUGUUUUGUUUAUGUUAGUGUGAGAGAUGUUUGUGUGUGUCUGUAUAUAUUAAAGUGAGCAAAAGUAUAUAUGUGUGUGUGUGUGUGUGUGUGUGAAUAUAACUGUGUAAGUAGGUCUAGGAAUGCAUGUGCAAGAAUAAAGUUAAUUAGGGGUCUUCUGCAUGUCUGACUAAUUAAAUGUAUGAUUGUGUGUGUGAGUCAGUGGCUAGUUAGAUAUGUGUAUGUGGUUAAUAAAAACUGUAUAUGGGCAUACCCCUCAACAUUUUAAAUGGGCAAAGAGGGAUACUUUAAAUUUAGGGGUGUGUGAGUGGGGGUGUGGGCAUGGAGGUGCUGUCUAGGUGACCUUCUCAUAAUAAUUUAAGCAGCUAAAAUUUAAUUUAGAACAAGAACAACAUGUCUCACUUAGGCAGACUGAUUUCUUAACACAUUUAAUGAUGUUUAAAGACACAUUACUGUGACUAUUAUUGCUGUAGAGCUCUGUUAUACAAUCAGACACACCAAAAAUAUGGAGCUCCUAGAAUUUAAGGAUUUGGGACCAAAAUAAGGAUUGUCCCUCAUAAAUAGGGACACUUGUGGGUAUGUAUGUAUUUAUGUUUAAGAGAGAGAAUGUGGCUUAGAGCAGCGUUUCCCAAACCAGUCCUCAAGACCCACCAACAGUCCAGGUUUUGUUAGUAUCUCCAUUGGAAUAUAACAGGGAAAUACAUAAAUCCUGGAUUGUUGGUGGGCCGUGAGGACUGGUUCGGGAGCCACUGGCUUAGAGCAUGUGUGACUAAUUCAAUAAGCUGUUUGAGGAUGGAUGCAUAAACCUGACAGGGCCUUGGUCAGCUAAACUAUUACAUUUUGGAAUCCAAAAUUUAAUUUCCAUUCAGUUUACACUUUUGUGGAUCAUUUGAACAUCAAAGACCCCAACACAUGGUAGUUAUAUGCAUGGCAAGUCACAGCUGGAUAUAGAGUAUGCCAUGUAGUUCUGUGUCCCAGAAAGCUAUUUUUCCUAUUAUUAGAGAAUUAGAAAUUGGACCUUUCUGUUUUUAUAAAGGAAAGGGUUAAAUUGGAAAAUCCCUACAAGAAGGUUAUCAGAGGCUCAACUAUGUGCUGUACAUGUGUUAGUUAAGAUAAGGAAAUACUAGUGAUUACUGGUUUUGUGGCCAUGCUGUAAACAAGUGUCCAUAAUGUUUUGGCAUGUCUUUAAAUAAAAUACAUAAUGUCUGUUAAAUCAUUGGUGUUGCUAGGUCUUUAGCGGGGUGAAGCACCAGAUCUCUACAGCUACUGGAAGGGGCAAUAGGAUAUUAGUGUUUUUUUGUAAUAAUUUCUAAUUUUACAGCAGCUUUGAGAUGCAUCUUUCUUUAUAAAGAUCAGAAUCGUAGUGCUUCCCCAGGCUACUUAGGGCAAGGGGUUGGUGCCCCUAGGUGACUCUCAAAAUAGGGUACUGGGGAACAACACUUUGCUGCUUACCCCUCUAUUAGUCAGGUAGUGUGGCAGGAUCACAUUGAAAACCUUGCUGCACAACUUGUGCUGCUUUCUGGCUGUGCUUUCAUUGAGAUCUCGGAGAACAUCAGUGGCAAGCUGUUCACAGGUAGAGAGGAGGGAACUUAACUCUGAAACGCAGUAACAGGUCAUGACUUCCACAUUCCGCUCUUACUAUAGGGAUCAUUGCCACUUUAGGAGGAUGAAACAGAUGGCUCCCCUUGUUAUUGAGGCACCCUGAGUACCCCCAGCUUAUUUCAACCAGUGAGUGAAUAUUAUCAAUUUUGCUCACAAUGUGUGGGCCUAGUAUACACUAUGCCCUCUCUAUGUUGUAUUCAAUCCACUACCUCAAAAAGGUGGCAAACUGAUGCAUGGGCAUGCUGGGCUUGCCAACUUUUCAGUAUAUUAUUCCGGGAAAUGUCUUCAGAACCUUCAAACUCUCUUUAUUAAAAUGUUUAGAUGGACUAAUCACUUCAAUAUCAAUCAACACGCAAGCUUUGUGUUGAACACUUGAUUAAUAACAAAUAAUUCAUAGUAAUUUUGUACUGUGCCAUCUCUGUUUGCAUGGUUUACCAAACGAGAAACAUUUUUAUGUAGAAUUUCUUGUUUUUGAACUGCAAGGGUCAUGUUAUAUUGUCCAAACAUUUGUGUGAAUUAAUCUCUGCUGUACAGCAUGUUUUUUUAACGUUUAAACUUUUUUUUUUGUUUGAAGUACCAAUAAAUAUAAGCUUCAUUUUAUUGCUAAUUGGGAGUGGUUGUGUAGGUUGGGAGUGGUUGUGUAGGUUGGGCCCCAGUGGACUGCUUUGCCCAAUGGCCUAUAAUGCUGCUAAGAUGGCCCUGGACCGGCGCCGAUAUGGCAGUUUCUUCCCUUGCAACUUGAAUUUUGAUGAAUAACCAUAUUUUAAUGCUUUACAUGGAUAUUCAACAUGGUUCAAAGCCAGAAAUCAGAUUUUAAUUGCCUUAUCAGCUGAAUUUGUUAUAGUGAAUGCCCUAAGUGGAUUUAAAAACAAAUAUAUUUUCUGUACCAUUUAGCCAAAUUGACCAAUUUAUAUUUGUAUACUGAAUACAGCCCUGUGAGUUUCAUUGUUAUGGAGGUCUGACAUACACUUACAUACUUUUUUGUUCAGAUGCAUAAGCAAGCCCAGAGUAUCAUGGGGCAAUAAGGUUAUCCUGAACACUUACCUCCACUGCUCUUUUAACUUUAAGUCCCCUUCAGGACUUUUAGGUCCAAUCGCACCUGUAUAUUUAAGGAUUAAGCAAAUUUCCUUAACAAUUUUUUGGAGCAAGUAUGAACCAUGACUCAAUUCAUGUUUAAACAAAUAUAGGAUUAAUGUGCACGUCUGCCAUUUGGGUCGUGUUGCUACAUGUAAUAUUUAUUUGAUGUGGAAGUUUUCUGUCAGGAGACACUUCCAGGUUUUAUAUAUGCAGUACUGGUAACACCAAACAGAUAUUAGUUUUUAAACAGUUUUAACCCUAUCACAUCUGUGUGUGCGAUGAAAACACAGUCAUUUAUUGAUACAUUGAAAUAUUGCAAAACAGCAACGGUCUAAUUCCAGAAAACAAAACUAAAUGCAAUGGAUGCUAUUUGAAAAAAGUAGAAUACAAUUCCCAAUCUAUAUAUUUAUCUAACUUUAUAAUGUAUAAUAAUAUCUCAUUAUUUUUCAUUUCUUACGUAUGUAUUUUAAUGAUAAAACAAUGUCAUAAAAUGUUUUUUAUAAGUCAGUCUGGUAAAGGGAUUUUAUAUAUCUAUGUGUGAAAUUUACUGUGGAGGGGAACUACAACAUGUAUUUUCUGCACAAUCUGAUAACGAUUGGGUUGUGCUGACACCCGAUCUUGUUGGGAUCUGAGGAAGAGUGUACCGUAUGCUCAUGUUUAACAGUGCUUGCAGUGCCCUCACUGUUAAAUUAGUAAAUUUGAAAAGGUUAUUCCAACUAAAAAACAGUGGUUUUGGGUAGAGUAACUGUUUCUGAGGUGGUCUGCAAACACUUUAGAAAAAAGAAUAGAAACACAAAAAUUUACCUAUAUUCCAUCACAGUUCUCUCUUCAGCCCGGUCCUCCUUGGCUGAGGAAGGUCAGGGAGCACACACUGAUGGCAGGGAGCAGGGUGGUCGAUCGGCCAUUGACUGGUUAUUGCCAGCAUGCUCUGAUAUUGCACAGAAUUGACAUUAGCCAACCCGGGCCUUCGUUCUGGGUUGGUUAAUGAGGCUGCUGGAGGUGGGGUUACAUAACGCAGCACAUACAGACUCCAGGCAUCAUAACCACUUUAAACCACUCAAAUGAUCCUGGUGCUUGGGAUUAACUCUUUAAGCCUCUACACAAGUGCUAAAUCAGCACUCAGGGUUUAAAAAGCCCUGAUAGGCUGCCCAGCCAGACAGCAUUUCAUCAUAGCACACAUGACUGUCAGGUUCACGUGCACCCUUUGUGUGCAGGGAUGCUGAUUGCAUCGCAGUCACGCUCAUUUGCCAGCCACACCCCACAAUCCAAUAUCAGACCUUUCGACGUAGGAAGAUCUGUAAUAUUUGUUUGAUUUCCCACCUGCAGUAUUUGAAUACUACAUACAUGAUAUCAGUACCAGUGUAUAGAUGAUAUAUGUCCAGGAAAACAUGGUAAACCUGUCAAUAUAUAAAAAAAAAUAAAGAUUCCAAGCACACCAUAACCACUACAGCAUUCUGUAGUGAUUAUGCUGCCAGGAGUACCUUGGUCUGAUCCAUAUGCAGGGUGACCAGAUUUUGAAAAUAAAAAAAAACACGGGACACCCAUUAGCCAAGGAGGAAAAGCAGGGCAAGCCACGGUGAUAACUGCGCAGCGCUGGAAAUCAGGUAAGUAAAAACACCUUUUAAACAGCGUUUUUACAACUAUAGUGACAAGAAUACUUUGUAUCCCUGAUACUAGAGUGUUCCUUUAACCCCUUAAGGACACAUGACAUGUGUGACAUGUCAUGAUUCCCUUUUAUUCCAGAAGUUUGGUCCUUAAGGGGUUAAGCAAAUUAAAGGAACAUUUUGGUCACCAUAACAACUUCAUCUAAAUGAAGGUGUUAUGGUGCUAGGAGGCACGUGGGCACUCUCUUUACUUUAUAGAGUUAAAUCACUCUCAAAAAGUUUUACCCCAAAGACUAUCUCUAACAUCAGAUCUCCAGGUCCAGCAUGGGUGCCGCUGAUUGGCUAGAGUGGUCAUCUGAUACUGUAAGCCAAUAGGUAGCUCCCCAUUCAUAAUUUUUUUUUUACUACUGAUUGUCUUAGAGUGCCAGCUGACCACUCUAGCCAAUCAGUGGCAACUCUACCCGUCAUCACCAUAAACAUAUAAUACCUAGACGCCGCAUUCAUCGCUACUUCCUAUUGGCACUAAUGAGCCGCAGGGCGGCCAUCUUGGACCGGUCACAGUGUGAUCUGCAGAGCAAGGUCCUCAUUCAGGAGACAUGGCAGGAAUCAUCAGUAAACCUGGUUAGUCUUAAAAUCCACACGGAGGGUGUAUAGAUCCAGUAGCAUGACGAGUAUUUCCAGACUUACCUGAUCCUUAUGCUCAUAUAUUCCAGUAAAAUAUAGUGACUGGAAUAUAUGAACAUGAUGUUUAAUCCUGGGAUAUUAAAUAAUAUUAACUGAUAACUAAUCAGCAGUUUUAGCAGCUGAAGCACUUUUGUUCUCCUCUUGUUUUCCUUAUACCACUUUAUUUCUUAAAGGUUAACUGUGAAAAACGAAUCUUUCUAUGUAAGUGUUUUGUGCAUAGGCGUGCGCAGCCUAUUGUAUAAGGGUGUGCACCCUAAAGCACAAACACACACGCCUCGUAUAUAUAUAUACAUAUAUAUAUAUAUAUAUAUAUAUAUACAUACAUAUACACACACACACACACACACACAUACUGCUGUGUGUGUGUGAGGGUGCUGUGUGUGUGUGUGUGUGUGUGUGUGUGUAGGUGCUGUGUGUGUGUGUAGGCGCUGUGUGUGUGUGCGGGCGCUGUGUGUGUGAGGGUGCUGUGUGUGUGUGGCCGCUGUGUGUGUGUGAGGGUGCUGUGUGUGUGUGUGAGUGUGUGUAGGUGCUGUGUGUGUGUGUGUAGGCAUUGUGUGUGUGUGUGCGGGUGCUGUGUGUGCGGGUGCUGUGUGUGUGAGGGUGCUGUGUGUGUGUGGCCGCUGUGUGUGUGUGCAGGUGCUGUGUGUGUGUGUGCAGGCUCUGUGUGAGUAAGGGUGAUGUAUGUGUGUGUGUAAGGGUGCUGUUUGUGUGUGGGUGAUGUUAGUGUGUGUGUGUAUAUGUAAGGGUGCUGUUAGUGUGUGAGGGUGCUGUGUGUUAGGGUGCUGUUAGUGUGUGCUGUGUGUGUAUGUGUAAGGGUGCUGUGUGUGUUUGCUGUGUGUGCAAGGGUGCUGUUAGUGUGUGCUGUGUGUGUGUAUGUGUAAGGGUGCUGUGUGUGAGGGUGCUUUUAGUGUGUGUGUGUGCUGUGUGUGUAAGGGUGCUAUUAGUGUGUGCAAGGGUGCUGUGUGUGUGUGGGUGCUGUUAGUGUGUGUGUGUAAGGGUGCUAUUAGUGUGUGCAUGUGUAAGGGUGUUGUGUGAGGAUGCUUUUAGUGUGUGUGUUUGUGUGCUGUGUGUGUAAGGAUGCUAUUAGUGGGUGUAAGGGUGCUGUGUGUGUGAGGGUGCUGUUAGUGUGUGUGCUCUGUGUGUAAGGGUGCUGUGUGUGUGUGUGCUGUGUGUGUAAGGGUGCUGUUAGUGUGUGCUGUGUGUGUGUAUGUGUAAGGGUGCUGUGUGUGAGGGUGCUUUUAGUGUGUGUGUGUGUGUGUGCUGUGUGUGUAAGGGUGCUAUUAGUGUGUGCAAGGGUGCUGUGUGUGUGUGGGUGCUGUUAGUGUGUGUGUGCUGUGUGUGUAAGGGUGCUGUGUGUGUGAGGGUGCUGUAAGUGUGUAUGUGUGUGUAAGGGUGCUAUUAGUGUGUGCUGUGUGUAUGUGUAAGGGUGUUGUGUGAGGAUGCUUUUAGUGUGUGUGUUUGUGUGCUGUGUGUGUAAGGAUGCUAUUAGUGUGUGUAAGGGUGCUGUGUGUGUGAGGGUGCUGUUAGUGUGUGUGUGCUCUGUGUGUAAGGGUGCUGUGUGUGUGUGCUGUGUGUGUAAGGGUGCUAUUAGUGUGUGCUGUGUGUGUAAGGGUGCUGUGUGUGGGGGGUGCUGUGUGUGUGUGUUGUGUGUGUAAGGGUGAUGUAUGUGUGUGUGUGUGCUGUUUGUGUGUGUGUGCUGUUUGUGUGUAUUGUGUGGGGAUGGGGGGGGGGGCGUUUAGUUAAUAUCCCCCCUUCCUUCUUACCUUGUGUAGGGAGGGGGGACCGUGCUGCUGCCAUCCCUGGUGGUCCAGUGGUGAGUGAACUCUAGCCCCAAAGGGGGCUAGAGUUCACUCUCGCAAGAUCUGAGCGUUGCUGCGGCAACGCUCUGACCUUGUGAGAGGAACCCGGCAGAGCUGCUGGCUAGAGCUCCCCAGGUCCUCUCCUGAGGGAGGAACCCGGCAGCGCUGCUGGCUAGAGCUCCCCAGGUCCUCUCCUGAGGGAGGCACAUAGCGCGGGCCACGGGGAUUAGGGUGUGCCCAGGCACACCCUGUGCGCAUGCCUAUGGUUUUGUGCAAUGAACCAUUACACAAAAUGUAGCAGAAGGACUUGGGGCACUUAUAGUAGAUAUAACCUUGACACAAAUAAGAAAUGUAUUUUUGAAGUGUCUUAGCUGUGGUUAACUAGAGAUUUGUCUGUAGUGAAAAAAAAUAUCUCUUUAAAAUAGGAGCUCAAGCAGGUUCUGUAUUCCAUAUGUUUUAAGUGUUAACAUUAUAAAAUAAUAUAACAAAAAAUAUAAAUAGGUGUAUAGUUCACUUUCUAAAUGGGGAAAAAAAUAUUUAUUAUGAUGUCUCUUCUGUGAUCAGAUUGAGAUUCAACUUGUUAAUAAUAUUUGUUUCCUGCGGCUAGCGUAGGGCCAGUGCAACUGUACAUUGCUAAUCGUUAGAAUAGGUAUUAAAUAUUAUUUCUACAGUGUACAGAAAACAUUAAUAUCAGACUAUCAAGUUUACACUAACAUUCACCAACAUUGUCAAAACCAUUUGCUUAUAUUUGACUCCUUAUCUGGGGUCUGCCCGACUCUGCCUCUCCUCUUCCUGUAUGUAGAGCCAGAGGUUCCCAGCAUAUUGGCUGAGAUCCUUAGUUGAUAAAUUUCUACCAAUAAGCUAAGUCCUGCUCUGCCAGGUUUACCUCAGUCAGAGAUCUUCCAGUUGUUAGCAAGGCUGGAACCAGUGGUAUCUUAGAGAAGGCUAGCAAGGGCACACUUGCCUCCCAAGUUGCAAUCAUGCAGGAGUAGUUGGCUGCAGCUUCUCAAAAUGAUUUUUCUUCUGAGUACCUGAAGAUGCGAUAGGAACCUUGUAGCAGAGUACUGCAGGAUUCAGGCAGCAGGCAGGAUUUGGGCAUUUGCUAACCCAGCAAUAUGUGGCUUUUUACUUGCCCUUUGCCAAAAGAUUCCAUCGUUCUCCUGUUUUUUAUGACCUAGAUGGUUCUACUAUAGUAAAUAUUUUAUUUUCAGCAUUUGCCUGAUGCCUUGAUAAUAGCAAAAUGAAAUGGGGAUACAGUGUUGAGUCUUGAUCAAGGGGUUUAGUACCACUCCCAUAAUUUAUCCUUAAAUAUGAGCAAAAAAGUGGAAUUGUACAUUUCAUUUACUCCUUUGUAUGGUAAUAAUCUUUAGGACCAGUGAAUGUAACACAGUGAUUUUCCCACCCCUGCUCCACUUAAUGGAUAAGUAGAUAUUAAAUACGUUAUACAAUUUCACGGUACUUAGAAAACUAUUUUACUGAUAUAUAUGACUUCAGGGUACACCGUGUGAUGUAUUUAAGCUCCUGGAAAUUUGUUGUGUUAUAUGUAACAACUGUAACAUUGAUUAAUUACUAGUGGCAAGCUUUAAAUUGCAACCUUAAAGCGGCACUGUCAUACCGAACUUAAAUACAAAACACAAAUAGCGCAAUAUUGCUAUAACAGAAAUAAUCUAUAGAAAGGCGUAUAUGGUGUCACUCACAAGUCAAGAGUCAUAAACCACAUAUGACUCAGAUGGUAAGCGCUUGUGGACACUUUCAGGAUGCCCAAUCCUUUCUUUUGCUGAUGAUUCUGCUGGAAACCUGGUUCCUUAGACUUCUUGAAGUGGUACUGGUCAUCCAGUGCUCCUAAUAUUAGGUAUGUGUAGAUAGGGUACCACAGCCAAGGUCUCAUAAACAAUAUGCUUUUAUUGGUGAUCCCUAAUACAUAUAUACUAAAAAAUAAUAACAUUUAUAUAAAAUGAAUAUAAAUACCAGGUACAAAUGUCCAAAUAAAUGUCCAAAACGCGUUUCGCCCUUAAAUGGGCUUCCUCAGUUGGUUAGUUGUGUAUCUUCUCCUUGCUUGGCUAUUUUAAAUAGUUUGUUUGUCUUUGACUUCCGGGUUCCUCAUUCCCGGUAUUAUUUCACUUCCGGAUUCCGGCUAUGUGGUGUUGGAACGCUUCCGGUUUUCGCCUGGAAUGGGGUUAAUUCAUUCAUUUUACUUCCAGGUUUCGGCGGUAUAGGUUAUUGGAACACAACAUGCGUUCCACUGUCCUACCGCUUCCGGUUUCUGUUAGGGAUCACCAAUAAAAGCAUAUUGUUUAUGAGACCUUGGCUGUGGUACCCUAUAUACACAUACCUAAUAUUGGGAGCACUGGAUGACCAGUACCACUUCAAGAAGUCUAAGGAACCAGGUUUCCAGCAAAAUCAUCAGCAAAAGAAAGGAUUGGGCAUCCUGAAAGUGUCCACAAGCGCUUACCAUCUGAGUCAUAUGUGGUUUAUGACUCUUGACUUGUGAGUGACACCAUAUACGCCUUUCUAUAGAUUAUUUCUGUUAUAGCAAUAUUGCGCUAUUUGUGUUUUGUAUUUAUAUUAUUGCAGACAUUUUCUGAACGUUUAUACAAGAAGCUCCACCUUAUGUAUGUAUGUUUUUCUAUGUAUCUUGUAGAGGUGGUCUAGGGGAUACCACUCAAGGUGUUUGAGCUUCACUUGAUACUUUGUAAACUCCAUAUUGUGCACCUAUCUAUUGAUCAUGCCGAACUUACCUUUCUUUAACCCCUUAAGGACGGAGCCAAAUGUACACGUUGUUAACAAAACAAAAUGUAAACAAAACCUGGCAUUUGCGCUACAUGUCUGUCCAACCGUAAUACACCUCUUUCAUAGUAAAUGCACCCACCCUUAUUAUACAUCAUUUUAUUCAGGGGAAACAGGGCUUUCAUUUAAUAUCAAAUAUUUAGCUAUGAAACAUAAUUUAAUAUGAAAAAAAAUGGGAGAAAAUACGAUUUUUUUUUAUUUUUUUAGUUCUACAUGACAUUUUAACGGUCAGUGUCAUAAUACUGUUUGCUUUUACUGCAAUAAAAUACACAUAUUUGUAUUCAGUAAAGUCUCACGUGUAAGACAGUACCCCCUAUGUACAGGCUUUAUGGCGUUUUGGGAAGUUACAGGGUCAAAUAUAGCACGUUACAUUUGAAAUUGAAAUUCGCCAGAUUGGUUACGUUGCCUUUGAGACUGUAUAGUAGCCCAGGAAUGAAAUUUACACCCAUAAUGGCAUACCAUUUGCAAUAGUAGACAACCCAAGGUAUUGCAAAUGGGGUAUGUCCAGUCUUUUUUAGUAGCCAUUUGGUCACAAACACUGGCCAAAGUUAGCGUUAGUAUUUGUUUGUGUGUGAAAAAUGCAAAAAACGCCAAUUUUGGCCAGUGUUUGUGACUAAGUGGCUACUAAAAAAGACUGGACAUACCCCGUUUGCAAUACCUUGGGUUGUCUACUAUUGCAAAUGGUAUGCCAUCAUAGGGGUAAUUUUCAUUCUUGGGCUACCAUAAGGUCUCAAAGGCAACGUAACCAAUCUGGCGAAUUUUAAUGUGAAAAAAAUGAAACGCAAGCCUUAUAUUUGAUGCUGUAAGUUUUGAAAACACCAUAAAACCUGUACAUGAGGGGUACUGUUGUACUCGGGAGACUUCGCUGAACACAAAUAUUUGUGUUUCAAAACAGUAAAAAGUAUCACAGCAAUAAUAUUGUCCGUGUAAUGCUGUUUGUGCGUGAAAAAUGCAAAAAACGUCACUUUUACUGGCGAUAUCAUCGUUGUAAUACAUUUUACUGUUUUGAAACACUAAUAUUUGUGUUCAGCGAAGUCUCCCGAGUAGAACAGUACCCCCCAUGUACAGGUUUUAUGGUGUCUCGGAAAGUUAUAGGGUUAAAUAUAGUGCUAGCAAAUUAAAUUCCCUUUACUUUCGGCAUGGGUUGUCAGGCAGGUCCUGCUAAUUGUAAUUAAUUAAGAUACCUAAUUAUGUAAAAAUAAUGCAUAAAUAUAUAUGUAGAAUUAAUAUAUGUACAUAUAUACGUAUGUUUAUAUAUAUGUAUAUAUCUAUAUAAUUUAAAAAAAUAUUUUUAUUUAUAUAUAGGUAUAUAUAUAGUGAUAUAUACGUAUAUAUUUAUGUAUAUAGAUAUAUAUAUUAUUUUGUUCUACGUGUAUUUUUAUAUAUAUAUAUAUAUAUAUAUAUUAAUUUCACAAUACAGUUAGAACGAAAUAACACACAUCUAUAUAUUUUUUAAUUAUUUAUUUUUAAUUAUUUUUUUAAUUUUAUUUUUUAACGUAUUUACAUUUAAAUUUUUUUUAUACUAUAUAUAAAUAUAUAUAUAACAAUAAUUAUAUAUAUAUUUAAUCAGUAUCAGUCUACGUGUAAUUUGAUAUUAAUAUAUAUAUAUAUAAUUAUAUAUAUUAAUAGUAAAAUACACCUAGACGGUGUACAUGUGUGUAUGUAUAUGUGUAUAUAUAUACUUAGAAUAUAUAUAUAUGAUCUAAGUAUAUAUAAAUUUUUUUUUUACACCAUUAAUUUAUUUUAUUUUUAUUUUCAGCCAGCAGGGGGACCACCUGUCAUUACAGGCAGCCCCCCUGCUGGCAAUACAGAAGCCAGCUAUCCCCGGCCAUGUCAUUGUGGGGUCCCCGCUAGGACCCCACUCUCACACGGCCGGGGGGCUUCCUGGAGGACGGACGUGCCGCGGGGGCUCCCUGGGAGUCCCCCCCACCGCGAUCGCCGGCGUGGGACUGCCGGCGACCGGGUAAGUACCGAAAGACCGGAGGGCGUACUAUUACGCCCGGCGGCGUUUAGAGCCGCCUAUUAGAGGGCGUAAUAGUACGCCCUCCGGUCUAAAGGGGUUAAUUGAUUCCUCUUCUCUUCCUCUGUCAGGAUUUGUUCUUCAUUUCUUCCUGUGUGCUCUAGUUUUCUUUAAAACAUAAGAAAAAGUAGGGCAUACUUUGUCUUAUGGAGGUUUGCUACACCAGACCAUCUCUGACCAGCGGAGGAACAAAGUGUGCUUCAUUUCCCGUGGUCAAAGCAAUUUUCCAACAAUGCUCACUACUACGGAAUUUUGUCCUAACAGAAUCAGAACAGUUUGUUCAGAUCGGAAUUUCAUUCUAAUGAAGGAAACUCUGAUCCUAUUAGUGCCACGGCUGCAUCUUUCAGCCGCUUAGUAGAUAGCUCCCUAAUUCCCACGGUAUUAGGGAGCUAUCUAACAAAAGGCUGAAAGACUUAAAUUGAUAUUUCAGCCAAACGUACUCAUAUUGUCAGGAUUACAAGUUGAUCCAGCACGCAGUACUAUCACACCUAGGACUAAGGAUAACGUAUAACCGGACCUUAGCGUGGCCGGACUUAACGUAUCCAAGAAUAGUCAAAAUACUUGCCGAGGUCAGGGACACAGAAUCAGACACAAAGAGGAGGGAAAGACAAAAGUCAAGAAUGCCAGAUAUCAGGGAAGUCAAAACAAAGCCAAAGUCAAAUAUCAGAAAAUCAAGAUCAGGAACGCACUCUCGGAUAACCAUAGGCAUGAAAUCACGACAGGGCAAUGAACAAGAGGAGAAUUAGGUUUAAAUACCCCUCCGGUGGAUCCGAUUGGGUGUAACCGACCUUUGACCUCAAAGGCAAUUACCAGGUUUCCAUGUGCAUGAUUGCUGCUCGGCACAACUUUUCCUGUCAGGACAGUAAAUGCCAUUAACCACAUUUUUAUGUGCGAAUGAAUAUGUAACAAAUACUAAGUAAAGAUUAAAUUUGACUUAUAACAACACUCUUUCAAAUGCUUUCAAUCAACCAAUCAGAGAGUUAUGAGUCAAAUUACACAGCAUUGGGAAAUUCCAAAGAACUUUCCCACCCUGUGUAAAAUUACACAGAGCACUCUGAUUGGUUGGAUUUCAAGCCAACCAAUCAGAGUUCCGUGACAGCUAAAUGUAGAGUAUCUUCAUUUACCUGUCAGAGCACUCUGAUUGGUUGGCUUAAAUCAACCAAUCAGAGCACUCUGUGCCUAAUUGCAGGGCGUGGGAAGGCUUUAUAAGCCUAUCCCCACCCUGCAGAGCUCAUUCUGCACGGUGCCCUCCAUGGGUGAAGAUGGAUUAUUUUUUUAGCGUCAGGGUUUUUUUUCGUCUAUUUUUUUUUUUUUUUGCACUCAGGUUUUUUAUUUUAUUUUCAAAGUUCGAUGGGUAUUAUGGAUUUUUAUUUGGCCUUUUUUGGGCCUGAAAAAAAGAUUUUAGAAAAAAGAAGACAUCAAAUGGUAAGUUUUAUUUUUUUUACAGGUAUUUAGUUCUCUUGUUCCCCCUCACUAUUUUUAGGGUGAGAGGUUAGGUAGGGGUUUAAUUAUUUUUUUGGGUGGGUGGGUGACUAGGGGCUUGGGUGACUGGGGGGGUAACAUUUUCAUUUAGGCAAAAGGUCCCUCCCUAUUGUUAUUUAGGACCCAAACCCGCUGCUCAGGGCUGGGGGGAAGACAAUAGGUCGCCCUCAGUUGUUAUUUAGGGCCCCCACCCACCGCUCAGGGGUGGGGGCUGCGUGGGGGAAGGACUAAAGGUUCCCCCUUAUUGUUAUUUAGGGCCCCCACCCGCCGCUCAGGGGUUGGGGCCGGGGGGAGGGAAAUAGGUUCCCCCCCAUUUUUAUUUAGGGCUCAGGGUGGGGGUAGGGGGGGAGGACAAUAGGCCCCCUCCAUUUUCAUUUAGGGCCCCCACCCGCCAGUCAGGAGUGUGGACUGGGCGGAGGGGGCACUAGUUCCCCCUUUAGUUUAAUAGCCCCCACUCACGCGGCACGGGUGGGGGCUCGGGAGGGGGGAUACUAGAGUUUUUUGUUUUUACUGUUGCUCACUGUUGAGUAGACAUGCCCCUACUCGUGGCAUAGCGAGUAGGGGCAGAAUUUACUAAUACUAAGUAAUCUUUACUUAGUAUUAGUACAUUUGGCUGAAAGACCAAUUUAGGUCUUUCAGUCUUUUGGUAGAUAGAUCCUUAAUACCGUGGGAAUUAGGGAGCUAUCUACUAAGCGGCUGCAAGAUGCAGCCGUGGCACUAAUAGGAUCGGAGUUUCAUUCAUUCCGAACAAAGUCCCUAAUUGUGUCCUAAUACGAAUAGAGAAACUGUUCUCAUUCUGUUAGGACGAAAUUCGGUAGCUUCGCCAGCGUCCUGUCUAAGUGACAGGACGUUCGGGAAAAGUGAAGGGAGGCUUCGCGGGAACCUGGGGGAAGGUGAGAAUUGUGGAAAAAUUGCUUUGACCACCGAAAAUGAAGCACACUUUGUUCCUCUGCUGGUCAAGCAUAGGAAACCUCUAUAAGACAAAGUAGUCCCUACUUUGUCUUGUGUUUAAAAGAAAACUAGAGCAGACAGGAAGAAAUGAAGAACAGAUCCUGACAGAGGAAGAGAAGAGGAAUAGAUUAAAGAAAGGAAAGUUCGGCAUGACAGUGCCGCUUUAAAGGAUCACUAUAGUGUCAGGAAAACAAACCAGUGCCCCCACCCUCAGAGUCCCCCUCCCUUGGCACUGAUUAAAACCCCUUCAGCAGCUUACCUUAAUCCAGUGCUGGGCUCCCUCGGUGCUGGUGACCUCUCCUCCCCCGCCGACGUCAGCUCCUGAGUGGAACGGAAUGCACAUGCACCGCAAUGCUUUCUCAAUGCUUUCCUAUGGACGUUCUGCACGCUGAUGCGAAUUUCGCAUCCAGCGUCUCAGAUGCACCUCUAGCGGCUAAGUAAAGAUUACUUAGUACUAAUACUAAGCCGCUAGAGGCGCCUCUAUAGUGUCAGGAAGACAGCCACUAGAGGUUGGAUUAACUCUGCUAUGUAAACACAGCAGUUUCUCUGAAACUGCUGUGUUUACAUCUGAAGGGUUAAAACCUGAGGGACCUGGCACCCAGACCACUUCAUUGAGCUGAAGUAGUCUGGGUGACUAUAGUGUCCCUUUAAGUGUCAUAUUUGCAUUGUGUUAAGUUCAGAAGCAAACCAUUUUUUUUAAAGAAUAUGAACAUGUUGAAUAAAUUCUGUUUUUUAUUAAAUAAUGAUUUUGUUAUGGGAAAAUAGCUGAACUGGAAAAAGUCUGUUUUUAACGUAUCGAUAUCUGUGACUUAAAUGGUUAAUCUAAGCACCAUAAACUCUACAGCAUGAUGUAGGGGCAAUGGUACCAGGAAUCCAAAAGACCCCAAACUUUAUUGAAUUGGGAACCAAACAUAAUUCCAAGGACUUUUAUUUCUAAGUCCAACACUUUUCCUAUUUUGGGAUAGCCAACCACAUUCUCCCCAACUUCCACAUUUCUCAUCGUAAGCUGUGACUGAUUGAAACAAGUUUUUUCCCCCAAAUCCAGGUCAGAUGUAAUAGGAUAUAUGACAAAGAAUUGUGUGUGCUAACACUGCUGCGCAUCCCCCCAAAAAGUUAUAUUGCUCCGAAAAUAGAUGUGCUUAUAGAAGGUGGACCUGUUUUCUGUUAUUCUUUCUUGCUAGAAUGUAAAAUGAAGAUCAUAAUGCAAAGUAACACGAUCACGCACUUUUAUGAUAUUUGAGCAUAGAAAGAAAGUCUUUGUUUUACAGCUUUUAACCAACUUUUGUUAUUAUUCCAAUAGAUCAUGAAGCCAUGGAGCCUGUGGAAGACACUGAACCCAGUACUUUGCUAUUUGAAUCUGUGAGUAUCAUUUCAUGCAUGCAAUGCUUUUUUUUUUAAUUCUUUAUUUUUGUGCACAGGAUAAAAGCAACAUUACAUGGGCCUAUCCAGCCCCAGCAUUAUAGACAUACAAGUUGACAAUGGCUUUUCAAUUGGGCAUGCCAGGCACGAGAGCAUCAGUGCACACUUUUAUGUCCUGACUAGAUGUGUGUAUACAAGCUGGAUUAGAGGUUUUUACAGUAUUCACUGGGAAGUUAGACCCUGCAAGGGAAUUGGUUGGUGUCGAGUGGAGACUACUCAGGUUAGGAUAAAAAGUAUCAAGUCGGCAUUUUGUAAAUCCUGGGGUGAGGUUCUCCGCUAUAAACUAUGGCAUCCUAAUCCAAAGCUCCACCCUUCCCAGUGAAACAUAUCAGUGUUUCAUAUCCUCUCAUCUAGGUCUGAACCUAAUAUACACUCAGUGUGUGCUAAUGCAUGUAGUAAGUGGGGGAGGAGCCUAAGAGGCCAGUUGACUGCUAUCCCAUGGUUCCCAUGUUUUGUGGAAUGUUUUAGUAGUACCCCUCACCCUAGCUGUCAGGUCGUCCAUCAGCCGAGUCUCUUUAGUCUCUAUAGGAGAGGGCCCGAAAGAAGAGAGAGGGAAGAGAGAAGAGUGAUAGAAUUAGGGGGAAGGGGGGGAGGAGCCUAAGAGGCCAGUUGACUGCUAUCCCAUGGUUCCCAUGUUUUGUGGAAUGUUUUAGUAGUACCCCUCACCCUAGCUGUCAGGUCGUCCAUCAGCCGAGUCUCUUUAAAUCUGUUCACUACAUUGGCAGUGUGAAGCAGGUCCUGAAAGAAGAGAGAGGGAAGAGAGAAGAGUGAUAGAAUUAGGGGGAAGGGGGGGAGGAGCCUAAGAGGCCAGUUGACUGCUAUCCCAUGGUUCCCAUGUUUUGUAGAAUGUUUUAGUAGUACCCCUCACCCUAGCUGUCAGGUCGUCCAUCAGCCGAGUCUCUUUAGUCUCUAUAGGAGAGGGCCCGAAAGAAGAGAGAGGGAAGAGAGAAGAGUGAUAGAAUUAGGGGGAAGGGGGGGAGGAGCCUAAGAGGCCAGUUGACUGCUAUCCCAUGGUUCCCAUGUUUUGUGGAAUGUUUUAGUAGUACCCCUCAACCUAGCUGUCAGGUCGUCCAUCAGCCGAGUCUCUUUGAUUCUGUUCACUACAUUGGCAGUGUGAAGCAGGUCCUGUUUUAGCCAUGUGUGUGCCAUAGCACGUCGUGCUAUUAAAGUGAUUUUAUGCAGUAACCUUUGUUCCUGUCUGGUAUGAUUUGGUUUUAAUUUGAUAUAUUUAGUAUAUGGAUCAAAGUUUGGAAUGGGAAAACAUGGAGAUAUAUUUAUUAAAGGGACACUAUAGUCACCUGAACAACUUUAGCUUAAUGAAGCAGUUUUGGUGUAUAGAACAUACACCUGCAGCCUCACUGAUCAAUCCUCUGCCAUUUAGGAGUUACAUUCCUCUGUUUAUGAACCCUAGUCACACCUCCCUGCAUGUGACUUGCACAGCCUUCCAUAAACACUUCCUGUAAAGAGAGCCCUAUUUGGGCUUUCUUUAUUGCAAGUUCUGUUUAAUUAAGAUUUUCUUAUCCCCUGCUAUGUUUUUUUUCCAAUUUGACAAUUUUUAUUGUUUUAUAAAGUAACAGUGGGGUACAGAAGAGAGUAGGGAGGGGUUACAAUGAGCGUUCAACAUAAAAAACACAUUUUUUUUUCAAUCUGACAUUUGUGUGUUAGGCAUGGUAUUGCAUACUCUAUAUAUACCCUCUUUUGUUUGGCUAGUCUCUGUGGCCUUCCAUGUCUACUGGGCUUGAGUUCCCUGCCUAUGUAUGUUACUCUCUUUACCUACAAUUGGUCCGCUACACCUGAGUGGUGCGUGCUCUGCGGUUGCUUCGCUGCUCUUGGUGUGGUUAUCCAUUGAUGUCCUACCACUACACUCCUCUUCAACGGGAUAGGGGGUAAACCGGGGAUAAACCGGGGAUUGUGAGGAGGGGGGGAGGAGGGGGGUGGGUAAAGCGAGUUCCCCAUGUUCUGUCUAUCUGCCGCUCAAGGUUUGCCACCUUUGGUAUUUCCUUGAGGCUGUCUGGCUGUAUUUUACUAGGAGGUCUUCCUAUUUGACUUCUAGUUGCAUCCCACUAGUCAGGGUCCCCUAUCCUUCUCAUGGGUGUCGUACCCCUGUGUUUUCCUGUGGCCACUUCUGUCGUAUGAUUCGAACCUAUCGUGGGAAGUCCGCUUGGAGUCUCCUCUCUACUGCUUCUCAUUAUGGUGAGUGUCCCAUCUAGUUAUUGCUUCUCUGAAUCUCUGGUUGUUACCUUGUGAUUGUCUGGUCGCCACUUCAUACCUCAAGUUAGUGGCUAUUUGACUCUUCAGGGUGUGUAUUGUCGGGGCCUUUGUCGACUUCCAUUCUCUAGCUAGGAGUGUCAGUGCCGCUAUGAGGAUGUGGUAUGUCAGGAUUGUCUCACUGUUACGUCGGGAUCCCAUGUUUAUAAAUAGGAGACAUAGUUCUGGGGUGAUCUUGGUGUUGUUGUCUACUGUCGUUUUGAUAAUGUCUCCUACCUCUCCCCAGUAAGGUCUGAUCUCCCUACAUGUCCACCAUAUAUGGUACAUUGUUCCCACCUCUUCCCCGCAACGCCAACAUUGGGAUGGCGUUCCCGGAUAUAUUUUCGCUAGUCUGGUCGGUACCAUGUACCACCUAUAGUACACCUUCCUCAUCAGUUCUAAAUGCGAGGUGCAGGUAGAUCUCCCUCUGUGUGCUGUGAGAGCUUGUGACCAUUGUUUUGCAUCAAACUCUUUUCCCAGGUCUGUCUGCCAGGCUACUCUAAACUUAUCUGGUUGGGCCGUAGUGUUUUCCAUAAGGAGUGAGUAACACAUUGAGAUUGUACCUUUCUUGGGUCUGGGGUUCAGACAUGUGUGCUCAAACUUUGUAAGUGUGCUCGGGCCUCCUUUAGUGACUGACUGGUUUUCUAGCAUGGAUUUAAGUUGUAGGUAAGAGAAUAUUAGUCUAGGGGGUAGCUGAUACUCGUCCUGGAGCACAGGGAAUGGUAGUAUUUUGUGUGUUUCCACUAUGUGCUUUAUGUGUGUACAUCCCCUCUGGGACCAUUCUCUAUGCGCCAAUGUGUCGUUGGUUAUAGAUAGGCUAGAUAGCGGUGCUGCUGGCGACCACGGGGACAGGGAUGUCAGUACGUCUCUAGUCCUGUCCCAUGCUCUCAACAGGGUUUUUGUAGUUGGCAACAUGUCGAGUUGAUUUGGUCUCAUCUGUUUGGGCACCCAAAGGAGCUGUCUAAGUGUGGUUCCCUUAAUCCAGUAGUCCUCUAUGUCUAACCACUGCGGUGUGGAGUCUCUUGUUUGCAUUUCCACCAUUGGCGCCAGUAUUGUCGCCUGGUAGUAGGACCUAACGUUUGGGAGCGACAGACCCCCUUCUUGGGUUGACCUGUAGAGGAAUUUUGCCGCUACUCUCACCCUUUUAUUGGCCCAGAUGAAUCGUGAUAGCAGUGUCUGAGUUUUGUGUAGGUAGGAGUUCGGUACUUCUAUCUGUAGUGUCCGAAAGAGAUAUUGUAGCCUGGGGAGGAGAGACAUUUUAACCGCCGCCAUCCUCCCCAGCCAGGAUAGAUAUUUAUCUCCCCAUCCAUUCAAUCUGGUGGUUAGUUCCCUGUAUAGGGUCUCGUAGUUUGUUUUAAACAUGUUACCCAUUGACUUCGUCAAUUUAAUUCCCAGGAACGUGACAUCGUCAGUCCUCCAGUCAAGCUCAAACUGUCCCUGCAGCACUUGCAUUAUAGUGUUUGGGAUCCCUAUUCCUAGGGCUUGAGUUUUUGAUACGUUUAAUUUGUAAUACGAGCUGUCCCCGUAUUCUUUUAUUACCUUUAGGAGGUUCGGCAUGGAGAUCAGCGGUUGGGUCAGGGUCAGCAGCACAUCGUCUGCAAACAAGUUGGCCUUAUAUUCUCUCUUUCCUAUGCUCACACCGUGUAUAGAUUCAUGUUGUCUGAUCCUGGCUGCUAAUGGUUCUAACGCCAUAACGUACAGCAGGGGCGAUAAAGGGCACCCUUGUCUCGUCCCAUUUGAGAUGGUGAAGGGCUCAGAUAGGAAGCCUGCAUUAAGAACUUGGGCGGUUGGUUCACUAUACAUCGCCUUGACCGCUGACCUGAACCCUUCCGGCAUGCCAAAUUUGAUCAUGACCAUUUCCAGGAAUGUCCAGUGCAGGCGGUCAAAGGCUUUUUCUGCGUCUAGGGCCAUGAUCAAUCCCCCCCCUUUGUGUAGUUUGGGCAGGCUAUGCAGUAUGUCAAUUACUUUUCUUGUGUUUUCCGCUCCUUGCCUCCCUGACACAAACCCGACCUGGUCGUUAUGAAUUAAUUUCGGGAGAAUUGAGCUCAGUCUGGUUGCGAAUACUUUGGCGAAUAUUUUCGCAUCUGUAUUGAGCAGGGAGAUGGGGCCUGCUAUGUUAAUAGCUUGCUAGACCCUGCAAGAUCCUCCUGUAUGUGAUUAAAGUUCAAUUUAGAGAUUGAGAUACAAUUAUUUAAGGUAAAAUACAUCUGUUUGAAAGUGAAACCAGUUUUUUUUCAUGCAGGCUCUGUCAUUCAUAGCUAGGGGAGGUGUAGCUAGGGCUGCAUAAACAGAAACAAAGGGAUUUAACUCUUAAAUGACAGUGAAUUGAGCAGUGAAAUUGCAGGGGAAUGAUCUAUACACUAAAACUGUUUUAUUUAGCCAAAGUAAUUUAGGUGACUAUAGUGUUCCUUUACGUUAACACUGUGAAGCAAUUGUUUGCUAAAGCGAUACAUUUGGUACAGUCGGCAUAAAAACACUAUUUGGAGGUUUAAAGAGACACACAAGCCAUCACAAGCAAAGAUACAUUUUUCUAUUAGAGCAAAUUCAGUUUCUAUUUACUUAAAAGUCAACAGUCGUUUAAAACAAAAUGCAACACAUUUUCCUUGUCCAGAUUAGCAAAAACGGUGUCACUUUGAAAUGUAUGUCUCAUGCAAAGAAACCAACUGUGAUAUGAUUGAGGGAAUGACACAGAGGAUAAAUAGAACUGAAUGAAGCGUAGGAUAGGCUCUGUGGGUAGAACCACUAUUUAUAGUGGUUAGCUAUAUAAAUGUUUACCAAAGACAACAUUAUCCUAUGUAUUCUGUGACAUAACAAGUAACAAGUAUCUUCUUUCAACAGACAGAAAAGUAUCCAGUCCAAGAUACUGAGAUUCCUAAAGGUACAGUAUACAUUCACACACGAUUAGUUCUCUGUUAAUGGUAUAAUAGUCUGACAGUCAGCUGGAAGUUGGAUAUUCAUUGAUAACUGCUUAGACACGUUAGUGCUAUAUAAGAACACCUGCAGACCUAUAAAAUGUUAUCUUUUAUAUUGGUGUAUGAUAAUUUUAAGUGUUACGUUAGAGUAGGAAAUAAGGGGAAACUCUAUGCACAAAAACAACUUUAGCUAAAAAUGACACGACACUAUCCAAAUACAAAACAAAUAAAAUAUACUAUUUAGUAGAUAUACCCCCAAUGAAAACAUGCAUGCAGUUAAUUGUGAAUUUUUUUUUCUCAUCUGCUACCUUUGCAAGCCCUCAUUUCCCAUCCUAGGCUUUCUUUGGCUGCCCAAUCAAUUCCAUUGUAGCUCAGUGAGAAGUCUUUGCAGGGCAGGUGUACCGGUCAGUUGCCUACCUCUUGAGUUUAGCUCCAUUGAGCUGAUUAGCAGUCAGGGGGUGUAACCAGGUUAAUACAUUGAAAUACCAAUUUCUAUUGAAAUUUGCACUUUUUGUAAAAUAAACAAAAUAGGGCACAAUCUUCACACAUAAAGCAAGAUACAGUGCUUUAGGUAUUUGGAGUAUUCCUAUAAUUAAGUGGUUUUGGUUUAUGUAACAUGCCUCUGCAGUCUCAACGCUGAGUUCUCUGCCACUUAGGAGUUAAAUCACUUUCUUUGUGCAGUUCUAGCCACAGAUCCUCUGGUUGUGACUCACACAGCUUCUAAGGAAAAAAAACUUUAACUUUGUACAUUUCAGUAUGUUUACUUUAGAAGUGCUUAUCUCUGUUAAUAGAUCUUUAAUCAUAUACGAGGCUGCGGUAGGCUCUGGCAGGCUAUUAACCAAACAUGAGAUAAGAACUUCUAAAUUAAAUAUACUGUGCAAUAAGGUCAUAUAAAAAUGUGUGCUCUUUUUCUAGAGGCGGUGUGAGUCCCCAGAAGUGGUGUGGAUAUCGUUGCAUAAACAAAUUGAUUUCAUUUCUAAAUGGCAGAUAUUUGAGCAGUUAGACUGCAGGGACAUGACACACCCCAUAGCGGCGGAUGGGGGCCCUAAAUGAGAAUGAGGGAGGGGGACCUAUUGGCAGAUAUUUGAGCAGUUAGACUGCAGGGACAUGACGCACCCCAUGAGCGGCGGGUGGGGGCCCUAAAUGAAAAUGUUACUCCCCCCCCCCAAGGUGACUAGGGGUCCCCAAGCCCCAACCCCUGAGGGGACAAUGGGCCUAUUGCAUGGGCCUGGAGCUGCAGCUUCAUCAGCCCCUAUGUUAAUCUGGCCCUGCAUGUUUAAAGUAAAUUAUUACAUGAUGCAAACUAGUUUCUGCUAAUAUAUUAAUUAGAAACUUGACGGUGCCCUGCAGGGAAAAAAUCUAAACUUUCUGGCUGGGUAAUUUUGGCUCAUAUAUCUAAUGUUAAAAGUAUAUACAAUCAUGUAACUGUGAGAGAGCUGGAACAGAGUAGAACAUAUAUAAGAAAUUUGUAUUGGGUUACUUACAUACUUUAAUCCAAUAUAAGGACUGAAAUGUUGACUGCCGCACAAUAAAGCAUGCACUUCACAUUUUUACAAGUCCUCAGAGUGCACUCAAUUAAGGUGUUUAUAUAUAUAUAUAUAUAUAUAUAUAUACUCUCCAAAAAACAAACUCCUUGCACUCAAGCUUAAUGCAUAACAAGGGUGAAAUACUUUUACCCCAUAGUCCUUUAACUUGCCGGGUGCCAGUCCUUGGAGGGGGAUUGGUAUCCACACAAACAAAGUUGGAAGUGCACUCACGGACUUCAAUUUCAAAAUUCCUCUUAAUUUUAUGCAAUAAAGAGGAAUUUUGAAAUUGAAGUCCGUGAGUGCAGUUCCAACUUUGUUCGUGUAUAUAUGUGUGUGUGUGUGUGUGUGUGUGUGUAUGUAUGUAUGUAUGUAUGUGUAUAUAUAUAUAUAUAUGGGCUGUGGGGGUCAGAGAAGCAAUAUUACUUAAAGAUCUUAGUGUCACAUUCUUUACUGACAUAACAUACACAUGAAGGGGUACUGUGUCGACAAAAGGGUUUUCCCUGAAAUAGUAGACUGAGCCUGAGGUGGUGAUUGUGGAAUGGGUGGCAUUGACAAAACUAACGUACCAAAUUAAAGCAGAUUUUUUUUUCCCCUCAGGAAAUACUGCAGCAUUAUAAGUUCAAACAUUUGGCAUUAUAAGUUCAAACUAUUAUCUGCAUGUGUUUUUAAAAGCAGAGAGUAAGCAUUCUGGAAUUUAAGGUGACUUAAUUCACACAGAAAUCUCAUGUGUUCUGUGGAUUCAUGGUAACACAAUGGGAACCUGUCUUCUAAAUCUUGUAUCUUGAUUUGAUGUUUUUAUUGAGCUUAUCAGACCAUAUUAUUUUCUAGUUUUAUUGUAUAUGGGCUGUCCUGCUUUUGUUAGAGGUAUAUUUCUAAUUCAUGGUUUUGUGGUGGCUCCCUGAAUGGGGAUUGGUGUCAGGGGUGUAACUAAAAUCUUCAGAGCCAUGGUGCAAACAACUGUUAAGGCUCCCCCCGCCCCGCUAUAGAGCAGAGGCGGUCAACAGGAAGAUCCUCAGCCUCUUGGGAAGCAAGUGUGCAUGCAUGGCAAAACGCUGCACUGUGCCAGUUAUAGAGAUCAUCUAAUAGUUUCUUCACUAGUUCAAUGAAAGCGCCUCAAGUAGCUGUCAUUAUGACAGCAACUAUAGGAAGAUUAGCCCUGCCAUGUCAACGUUACCUUUCCUGUAGAACAGCAAUGUUUUCAGCUGUGGGGGUGAAAUAGGGGGUGGGGAGAAGGGGCGGGAUGGCAACCAAACAACUUCACUGAGAUUAAAGGGACACUAGAGUCACCCAGACCACUUCAGCUCAAUUAAGUGGUCUGGGUGCCAGGUCCCUCAGGUUUCAGAAACUGCUAUGUUUACAUUUGGGGUUAAUCCAGCCUAUAGUGGCUGUCUUCCGGACAGCCACUAGAGGUGCAUCUCCGACGCUGGAGACGAAUUUCGCCUCCAUUGCGCAGAACGUUUAUAGGAAAGCAUUGACAGCUUCAAUGCGCGCGCGGCACUUGCCGCGCAUGCGCAUUCGGCUCCAGUGACGUCGGACGGGGUAGCAGACGUCGGAUGGGGAUGAGAGGUCACCAGCGACGAGGGAGCCCAGCGCUGGAUUAAGGUAAGCUGCAAAAGGCUAUCCUAACUAUAAGAUAAGGCCAGGGACGCAACACUGCAUUUUUAUUUACUCACCCUUAUCUAAUGCCGGGGUUCCAUCGUAUGUCUAUGCCUCCUACGACAUCCUCAUGGAGAAGCAUUGGGGGCCUGAUACGCAUAUGUGGCGUAUCCAAACUGACUUUUGGUCCGUUAUCUGACGCUGGACGUCCUCAAGGACCUCCAGUGUCAGAUUUUCCCCAUAGGAAAUCAUUGAAUAAUGCUUUCCUAUGGGGAGGACUAAUGCGGGCGCAACCAUUGCGCAUUAGGUCUCCCCGCCGGCUGACGUCGGAAGAGGAGGAGCGUGGGCGGAGCCUGACCCAGCGCAGAGGGACAUUGACGCUGGAUUCAGGUAAGUGGCUGAAGGGGUUUUAACCCCUUAAGCCCCACGGAAGGGGUGACCCUAUGGAGGGGGGGGGGCUAUUAACCCUUUAGUGCCAGGAAAAUUACUUUGUUUUCCUGGCACUAUAGGAUCCUUUUAAUCAGUGCUUUCCUAUAGAGGCUUCUGUGUCACUUGAAGAAGAGCCUUUUUAAAAACUGUAGUGUUUUAAAUUGCAUAGUUAAAAGGGUAUAAGGGUUGACUUCUCCCCUGGUGUGUUUCUGCUUUCGUCCAAUUGACUGGAUACCCAAACUCAAAAACUGCUUAAUUUAGUUUCUCUAGCAGCCAGAAGGGUUCUGGUGGCUGGUUUGCUAAAAAUGGAGAGGCCUUCAUUGUGGGACGCCAUUUUUAAAAUUGAGGAAAACUUUAUCAUGAAUGAACUGAUUUUUAAAGUUAAACCUUCAUACUCCUCCUUCUCUAAAGUAUGGGAUCCAUGGAAAGUGAUGAAGUGUCGAAGUGCCGAACCGAACCAAAGUUCCGAAGUCCCGAAUUUCGGAGUGCCGAACCGAAUAUAUUUCACAUGCAGAUCCCUAAUAGCAUUAAGUUACAUACAUUUUUUUAAAGGAACACUAUAGUCACCUGAACAACUUCAGCUUAAUAAGGUUGUUCAGGUGAGAACUAUAGCUCCCUGCAGCCUUUCUCAUGUAAACAUUGUAUUUUCUGAGAAAAAACAAUGUUUACAUUGAAAGCUAGGAACACCUCCAGUUGCAGUCACUCAGAGUGAACCAGGGGGACUUCUGAGUUGAUGGAGGCAUAAUAUGCUGUGCACGAGCAUCCUGUGAUUCAGUAUCUCCUCCCACUGCAUGCAGACACUGAACUUUCCUCAUAGAGAUUAACUGAUUCAGGGCUGUGUUUGAAUCAUGCUGGCUCUGCCCCUGAUCUGCCUCCUUGUCAGUCUCAGCCAAUCCUAUGGGGAAGCACUGUGAUUGGAUCAGGCUAUCACAUGUCAGCAGACUGCUUGUUUUUCCUGAGUCUAACCGCAUGCAGUUUUACAGCUUCUGAAUACAGUAAGAUUUUUACUAUAUUUAUGGAGGCAUGAGGGGCCCAGGGGGGCUAGAUGGUCAUGUUAACACUAUAGGGUCAGGAAUACAUGUAGUUGCACUGGUGACUAUAGUGUCCCUUCAAGUAUUUGCUUACACGGCUCCUAAAACAAUGCAGAUAUAGAUUGGGUUAGUCAGACAUUGGUCUCCUUUUUGGGACUACCAUGCACAAAUGAAAGCAGUCAACAGUUUAAUUGUACCAUUUACAAAAAAAAAUUGGGAUUAUGUAUAAAAAGUGAUGUAUUCAGUUUUAGGCAAUUUUUCUGGUGCUAUUUCUAUUUAUUGAUCGAUUGUUCAAGGAUUAAAAAUUCCUUUGAAUUGCAAAUGGCUAGUCAUAUUACUUAUUUGACAUACAUUGUGAAUGUAGUCGAUGGUAAAAUCAUUAGGAAAAAAGAACAAAAGUGGCAAAAAGUCCUUAUUUCACACAUUAGAUCAAAGGAGGAAAAAGAGUGACCAAUGUAAAAGAGUGAAGUAACAUUUUCCCGACUUGGAAUACAUUUAUAUAUCUAUGAAGUCCUGUUAAUGAUGUUCACACAUCUUUUUUUUUACUCUUUAUAUGAUCUUUUAUCCAAACCACAAUAAAAAUUUAUAGAACACAAAAAUUGCAGAUUUUAAUAGAAAUCUUUACUUUUAUAAAUUUACCUUGUUACAUCCGACUGGCUGUCAAUCAGACAAUAGGUCCUGUUACUUACUGAUUGUUUAGCUCAGUGGAACUAAACUCAAUCAGAGUUUGCAGGAAACUUUCUUUGUCUUAAGGAUGAGCAUAACCACCUAGCAAAGCAUAACCACCUAGCAAAGCUAUUGGAUAUGCGGCAGCCUCCCGGUGUCAGAAUGCCUGAGCUGAAAAAAACUGCACAGCAACAAUGUUUCAGCCAAUCAGGUAAUCAGGAGAGCCAUUCUUUUUUAAAUUGGGAAUCUGCGGAUGGCUAGCUCAUGAAUCACUGAAAAUAUAUAUUACCCAAAGGGUAGAGAAACUUAAUUAAGCAUCUAAACAAGAAAAUAAUUCAAGAACCCAAUAGUAAAGGGAAACAAGAAAAUAUUGAAUAAAUCGUAAAGUCUUAUGAGAUGGACUUUAAAACUUUUGUAUAAUGCCCACAGCUAAACAGAUAACAAGGCAACAAUGUAUAAACUUAAAGGGACACUAUAGUCACCAGAACAACUACAACUUAUUGAAUUUGUUCUGGUGAGUAGAAUCAUUACCUUCAGUUUUUUUGCUGUAAACACUCUUUUCAGAGAAAAUGCAGUGUUUACAUUACAGCCUAGGGAUAACUUCACUGGCCACUCCUCAGAUAGCUGUUAGAGAUCGUUCCUGGGUCAUGGCUGCCUAAAAUUCAUCCAAACAUUCAGUGUCUACUCCCUCUGCAUGCAGACAAUGAACUUUACUCAUAGAGAUUCACUGAUUCACUCCAUCUCUAUGAGGAGAUGGUGAUUGGCCAGGGCUUUUUGAAUUAUCCUGGCUCUUUGUCAGUUUCAGCCAAUCCUAUGGGGAAGCACUGUGAUUGGAUCAGGCCACCACUUCUGAUGAUGUCAGCAGACUGCUUGUUUUUUUUGAGGCAAACAGCAUGCAGAGUUACAGCUUCUGGCUUGAAUACAGUAAGAUUUUGCUAUAUUUAUGGAUGCAUGAGGGGCCCAGGGGGGCUAGAUGUUGGUGUUAACACUAUAGGGUCAGGAAUACAUGUUUGUGUUCCUGACCCUAUAGUGAUCCUUCAAAGCGGCACUGUCAUGGUCUCAUCUGCUUUUUUGUUAACCCCCCUCCCGACUCCACUACAUCUAAUUUCCGCCCUAGUCAUUCCCAAACACCCUUAGGCCCCCCAUAUUACCUUUUUUUAAAUCUUUAUUUUGUGCCCCUACCUAGGUCCUGGGUGCCACCAUCUUUGUGUGGGUAGAUGAAGGCCAUGUGGGACACGUCAUCUACUCACACUAGAUAGCGCAGUAAAAUUACAGCGCAAACCCAGUUAAACACUGGGACACUCGGUUUGUCCGAAAUUCGGACAGGAAUUUCGUAUAUUCAUUCAGAAAGAAUGCAUGGAAAUGUCAGAUGAACAAACAAACACCAAAUAUCGGUGUUCGUUUAUUCGUUUAGUUUAUUACAAGGAGGGAGCUACCGGCACGCAGCUCCCUCCUUGUAAUAUGUAAAAAUAGAAGCGGUAGGGAGCUGUGCUCGCCGCCACUUCCUAAGCCCCCCCCCCCAUGUCCUCCCUCACUCUAUGGAGGUCAAUAUGAAAUCUCCCGAAUGCCCCUACUCGCUAUGCCACGAGUAGGGGCAAGUCUACUAAACAGUGAGAAGCCUGUGACUGAUCCCCUGUUAAAAAAAGCCCCCCCCCUCUAAUAACUGGACCUCAUGGUGGGGCAUCUAUUAACUAGCAGGGAGAGACAUAGUGUCCCCUCUGAGCCCACACCCAUGUCCUCCCUCCCAGCCCCCACCCAUGAGCGGCGGGUGGGGGCCCUAAAGGACAAUGGGGGUUGAGGGGGGUAGGUAGGGCUUUAUUUAAUUUUAUUUGGGUGGGGUGGGGGUGACUAGGGGCUUGGGGAUCCCUAGUCACCUUUGGAGGGUAUUUUAGGGCCCCCACCCACGGCUUAUGGGUGGGAGCCAAGGGGGACCCUAUGUCCCCCGUUUAGUUGACUAGCUCCCACUCAUGGGGCAUGGUUAGGAGCCCUGGGGGGGACACUAGUUAAUAGAUUCCCCACCAUGGGGCCAUUUAUUGGGGGGGGGGGGAGAAUUGCCAGAUUUCUCAAGGACCAACUCUGGUGCUUGAGAGAUGAGGUCAGAUGUACCAAUAAUUUGUCCCAUUUGUCCUGAGGGAUUCCUAGUGACAUAGUCCUGGUGUUCAGUACAAAACCCAGAAAGAGAAUGCUUUGAGUGGGAAUUAGGACUGAUUUCUUUAAAUUCACUACAAAUCCUAGGUCUUGUAAAAGGGAAGCAAGAUAGUCCCUCUGAGAAGCAAGGACUUCCCCAUCUGGGUGCAUGAGCAGAAUGUCAUCUAAAUAGUACAGACACAUAUGUAACCUUUUAGUCUGACAUGGGCUGAUCACUGAUUUCAUUAUUCUGGAGAAUGUGUGCUGUGUGUGUGAUUGUGCUGUGUGUGUGAUUGUGCUGUGUGUGUGAGUGUGCUGUGUGUGUGUGAGGGUGCUGUAUGUGUGUGUGCGCUGUAUUUUUGGAGGGAUUGUGGAGGUGGGGGCAGAUUAGUAAAUAUCCCCCCUCCCUUCUUACCUUAUGUAGGGAGGGGGGAUCCUUGCUGCCAUGUGCCAUCCCUGGUUGUCCAGUGGAGAGUGAACUCUAGCCUGCGGGUCUAGAAUUAACUCUCGCGGGAUCUGAGCGUUGCCGCUGCAACGCUCAGAUCUCGCAAGAGGAACCUGGUGGAGCUGCUGUCUAGAGCUCCCCGGGUCCUCUCCUGCCUCCCUCCAUGCUGCUGUGGGCCAGUGAGGUAGAUCUUUGAUCUCCCCGCCGGCCCAUGGAGGCUUAGAGCAGAGCCAGCACUCAGAUAGCCGGGUACAAGUCCUGGGGAAUAAAGUGUGGGAACACUCCCAAGAUUCCCACCCCCCCCAAAAAAUAUACACUUACGUGUGUGUGUGUGUGCGUGUGUGUGUAUAUGUGUAUGUGUGUGUGUAUGUAUAUAUAUAUAUAUAUAUAUAUAUACGCAUGCACACACAUACACUCACAGACACACACUCAUACACUCACAGACUCACACAGACAAUCACAGACACACACUCAUACACUCACAGACACACACAUGCACUCACACACACACAUACAUUCACAGAAACACACUCAUACACUCACAGACACACACACACACACACAUACUCAGACACACACACAACAAAUACCUGGAGAGCUGGCGUGGACAUGUUCCUGGGGUCCAGUGGGUCGGGUGCCUGUCUCCAUAUCAGACGCGGCGAGGGAGCCGUGUGCUCUCUGCUCCCUCUCGCCACGCGGGCUGUCUACAGUAGCUGGGAGCCGGAAUAUGGCGUCAUAUUUCGGCUCCCGGCAUCAGCAAACGGCGCGCGGCGGGGGGGGGGGGCAUAGAGGACACAGCUCCCUCGCAGCGUCUGAUAAGGAGACAGGCGCCCGACAGGGGGAGGGAGGGGGCCAUCACCUCUUGGCCCACAUGGGGGAGAGGAAGGAGGCAUUUGGGGGCGCUGAGUGCCUGCAGGAACGGCGUUACUGCUCAAACAAAAGUGCAGGAACUCCAUUCCUGCAGGACUCGAUCCAUAGGCUUGCCGUGGGGAUGAGGGUGUGCCCAGGCACACCCGGCACACCCCGUGCGCACGCCUAUGUGCAUUGGAUAGGCCAAACACCAUAACAGUCCACUGCCAGAUCUUUCCUUUCCACCGAAAACCUGAGGAAACGCCUGUGUUUCUUGGCUAUAGGGACUGAAUGGAAGGCAUCUUUUAGGUCUAACUUAAUGCAGAAAAAUGUUUUCUGUACUAAGCCUGGAAGAUCUGAUAAACCCUCCAUCCUGAACCUUUUUCUCUUGAUGAAAGUGUUCAGAGACCUCACGUUUAGAACAGGUCUCCAGGAACCGUUUGGGAUUUAGGAUUAGGAACAAGGGACUGACCCAUCCUGUGAUAGACAUAUCUGCCAACUCUAUCUUCCCUUGAUUUAAAAAUAGGGAAAGGGAGGCAUCUAGCACUGGGUUCACCUCUCUGCUUAUUGCAAACUUCUGUACUGGGAACCUUAAAAGGGGGAGUUGUAAACCCCUUUGAAAAAUCUUUACAACCCAUUUGUCUGAAGAAAUAUCCUUCCAAUAUUUGGAGUGCGAGAAAGCACACUUACUUGAAUGCAUAGGUUUUCUCUUGGAAGCUGGACAACCUCUGGAUAAGCUCCUCUGCCACCGCCUGGGAGCUUGUGUUUUCCACUGUAGUGGCGGUACUAGGCCUGGUGAGAUGCUUCUCGGGAUGCUUCUGCAGUCCAAUUGGGGCGACCCUCUGUCUGAAAGGGCUUCUUGUAGCCAGGAAAGGACUUUUUUUGAGCUCUGAAAAGGACCUCCUUGCCUUAUAAUGGCCUUUAACCCCUUAAGGACCAAACUUCUGGAAUAAAAGGGAAUCAUGACAUGUCACACAUGUCAUGUGUCCUUAAGGGGUUAAACUGCUGAAUGAAUGAGGGACCGAAAAGGUAAGUAUCCUCCGAAUUUGGGAACUCUUGUGAUUUAUGGGCUAGGUCAGACAUUCCUGCUGCGUGGAGCCAGUGGGUUCUGCGAAUGUUCGAGAUGUAAUUAAAAGAUUGGCCAAUAAUCAGCACUGCCCUUCCAGACGCUUUUAAUAAAGCCAUCUUAGAUGCUAGCAGAGAUGAAGCAUAAGGUCUCUGAGCAUUGCCUUCUGUUUUUGCUUUAUCCAGCAUCAGUAAUAGUGGGCCCACAGCAUCAGCAAUUUUUUUUAUAAUUCUUUAUUUUCAAAUGACAGAAAUUUCAGGCAUGUGAACAGUACUUGGGCUUAUGCAAAAGCCAAAAUUCGUGUUUUACAGCAGUUUCACAGUGAUACAGAAAAAAAGAGAUUGAAUUGUUAGAUGAUAAUGCUACUGUUCAGAGUUCUUCUUUGCGGUUUUGUUCUGUCAGGGUUUUUACAUUUAUAUAUAAAACAAAACAGAUUUAAGUUUUAACCUUAAACAACAUAAAAACACUUUUGUGUGGUGUAUUUUUUACUUAAGGCGGUGCACACAUGCGAUAAUAUUUAGGCUUACGCAGAAGCCACUGUGGUUGUUUUUUUCCCUUUGUUAUGCAAUUUACGUUUACAUAAAGAAAAAGUAGUGCGUUAGUACAGUUUACAUGCAUAGCGACAUUUUUAGGUCAAUUCAGUGGUUUAUCUGUCAAGUUAAGGUUUGCUAUGGGUGUAUUUCGCAUUUUGGUUGUUGAAGCUUACCGUGAGGUCGUGUGUCGCCUCAUUUGGUGCAGUUAUUUAUAUGUAUUAGUGUAAAAAACAUACAAAUGGAUAAAUCUAUAGGCAGGAAAAUGGAAAACGUUUUGCUAUCAUGACUGUUACCUCUGCUCUAUGUAGGUUCGUUAUGUGCCCUUUUACUUUUUAAUUAUGAGUGUUCAUUCAGGUCCCCUGUCCCCCCUCCGCAUUCUCUUGGUAUUACUCACACAGUUCCCAUACCUUCCUAAAUUUUUUGGUGGUGUGUCUGACUAAUGAGGUUAACCUGUCCAUGAGGUGGUUAUCGUUUAAUUUUGCUAAGACCAGUGUCAAGGGGGGUGUUUCCAGACAGAGCCAUUUUUGUGCUAGUGCCCUUCGGGCAGCGAGAUAAACCAUGUUUAGUAGUUGUUGCUCUGGGCGUGUAAGGCCGUCUGUCGGCCUGGAGAGGAGGCAGGCCCACGGGUCCAUCUCUAGUGGUCUCUGCAUUAUGUUUAAGCUUAGUGUGAUGAUUUGAGACCAGUAGGGCUGUACUGUAGGGCAUGUCCACCACAUAUGCACGUAUGUGCCCUUUUCCCCGCAGCCAUGCCAGCGUAGGUCUGAAGAGGUGAUCUGCAUAUGAAAUUGUUUUACUGGGGUGGUGUACCAUCUGAAAAGUGUUUUAAAUGACUGCUCUUGGAGGGUGACACAAAUGCAUGAACGAGCUGUCGCCUCCCAGAUGUCCCGCCAGUCAGAGCCCUCUAUUUUUCCCCCUAAGUCUGUCUCCCACUGGUCCGCGUAGCAGAGUUCUCUUUGGCUUCCCCGCUAAGGUGGGAGCAUCAGCAAUUUUAAACUGUAUAUUAUGAAAGGUCUGGUCUGUGGGAUCUGUAGAUACACUGCUCCCUGUGAAAGAUAACUGAGCAGGAUCUACCUCAGGAGCCAUGAAAGCCUGGAUGUCCGGGAUAGCAAUGUGGUUCCUGAGGAGAAGGUCAUCCUCCAUAACCAAGGGGGAUCUAAAGGCUAGUUUGGCAAAAUCUCUAGCCUCAGAAUUGUGCUCCAUAGCCCAUCUGGAGUGAAAUAAUUUUGAUGGGAGAGUCUUAUCUAGGAGACUCACUCUAGCCAUCUGAACGUUGCUAAGUAUCCCUCGCUCAGUGGAAGCUGCUGAACGUACCACUUCCUCAGAUUCCCAGUCUAUUUCUGGAGAGCCAUGUCUAGAACUGGAAUGGCUUUGGGAGGAAGAAUGAGCAAACUGUCUAGAAGAGGAAAGAGAAGGACUAUCUAACCUCCAGCUAGAUUUGUCCUUUUUCUCUGAAAGGUGUUUUUGGUGCUUAAAUGAGGGAAACACACAAUUCCUCUUUUGGGAUCCUGUCCCUUUAAUUUUUUUGCUUACUCAAACAAGUAUGAGGGGAAGGAGGAGCAGAAAAAUUUUCUGUGAAAAAGACCAGCAACCUUUCUUCAUUUUUUUUUACGUAAAACUGGGACCAUAUCCUCCUCAGAAGUAGAAGAGGAUAGACCCAUUGCAAGGAAAGCUCUUUUAUGGAGCUUUCUAACAUUGAAAGAGAGGCAUCCAGGGCCAGCCUUUGGGUGUGCGAGCUGUGCAGUCGCACAGGGCACCAUGGCAACAGGGGCGCCGGGCAGCCGAUGCAGUGAAUAGUGAAUGGGGAAGGGGAAUAAUGAAGGUGGCAGGGUACAGGGCAGGGAAUUGAUCAAGGGGUGAUCAAGGGGUGGCCAUUGGUUUGCUGAAAGAGGGCAGGGGUUUGGAGAAGGAGGGCAGGGAUUUGUAGAAGGGGUGGAGGCAGCAGAUUGUGAAUGUACCGCCAAGUUUUGCUAGGAGGUUAUGCCUCCCAGAGGACAAAGAGUUAGGCCAUUGCUCUGAACACCUGCCCUGAAAAGACUUCUCCAUCAGCUGUAUUGGGAAGUCUGUGAAUGGGCAGUCACAUUAAGUCUGGUCUGGGAAAGAAGGGGAGGGCUGCAGAUAAGAGAACUGUAACCUAUACAAGCUGUUUUUAUAAAUAUCUAUAAUGAAGAACUGCAUCAUUAAACAUUUUUUCAUUGGGGGCAUAUCUACUAAACAGUGAUUUUCGUUAUUACUUGGGCAAUGUAGCAUAACUUUCAGUCCAUUAGGACCAGUAGGAAGAUUGCCCAUGCAAUGCAUGCUAACCUUUCUCAAAUGCUAUUCCAAAACAGGGCCUGUGUUAGUUUAUGUUGAUAAUGGUAAUGCUUUAUAUAGUUAAGCAAUGUCAAAGUAAUUUCAAAAUUAAUAAAUUAGGGCCAAAUUAGUGCCGCUGGCAGGCAAUUAGUUUAAAUAAGUUGGCUUUCUUUAAAUUGUCAGUUGUGUUUUAAACAAGGGAAGCCAGCUUCACAAGUAUUCUUAAAUAUGUAGAUAAAUAUAUCCAAAGAUUAAAGGAUUUCCACCCUUGCACACUCUUGGUUUUACUGCUAAUGAAACUCUUUCUUGGUGAUUUUUAAAUAAAAUAAUUAAAAUAAUCACAGUGCUGCAGAGGUAUUCGUAGCUAUUCGACUUGCUGGAAGUCAGCCAUGACAGUUUCUUUUGUGCGAAGACGCCCAGGGGAACAAAUUGAAGGAGGUACAACUGACAUGUAGUGACAAAUCCACCACCUCGCCUUUCUUACAGUUAGACUUACAUGAACUCACGAAGAUCACAUAAUAUACAGGCACUAGUUUGUAGAUAAGUCUAUGUACCUUUAGCAUUUAGAAUGCAGAACAAAGAUGUGUCAUCUACAGACAUUUCCUCGGUUUUCACAUUGGUCAGGUGUCGACAUGUUUGAAGUACUUGCAUUGGAAAAGCCGAGUUUUAAAAUACAGUGUGAUUAAAUUCAUCAUUGACAAUCAAAGAGCCGUUUCAAUUCACCCUAGCAUUGUAAUAAUAUGUUAAAAUCCUUGAUCAAAGUAGCUAAGUAGGGUAACUAAAUAUAAUUAAUUUUAUAAUUUGGUAAAUGUUUUUUAUCCAGUUAUUAUUCUUGGCUUCUGUGCCACUGACAUUAUGAAAAUUGGUAAAGUUAUACAUAGUUGUAGAAUCAAUUAAUCCCAUAGACAACCGUGACUAAAAGAUGUAUACUUGGAAAAUCUUGACUUUAAGAAGUGAUCCUAUAAAAUAGUGCGAUGCAAUAAUGAAGAUGGGGUUAUAUGACCACAGAAUCAUUAGCCUGUCGCAUUAAAAAAGGAUAAGGUUAAAGGACCACUAUAGGCACCCAGACCACCUCAGCUCAAUGAAGUGGUCUGGGUGCCAGGUCCAUCUGGGAUUAACCCUGCUUGCUGUAAACAUAGCAGUUUCAGAGAAACUGCUAUGUUUACAAAUGGGUUAAUCAGGCCUCUAGUGGCUGUCUCAUUGACAGCCGCUAGAGGCACGUCCGCGCUUCUCACAGUGAUUUUCACAGUGAGAAGAUGCCAGCGUCCAUAGGAAAGCAUUGAGACUGCUUUCCUAUGAGACUGGCUGAAUGCGCGCGCAACUCUUGCUCACCCUAGAGCCCGGCGGGAGGGAGACCCAGAGGGUGAGUAUGUUUUCCUGGCACUAUAGUGGUCCUUUAAGGUCGGGGCCAGAUUAAGAGCUGACAAUUAUGAUGGGGCCUAAUUACAUAAUCCAAAAGCACUAAAACAGUCAUACCUCCCAAGCGUCAUGUAUCUGAUGGAGAAGGUGUUGGAGGGAAACUCAAAGGAUGCAGCUAUAAGAAAACACAUACUCUAUGCUAAUCUCUCUCUAAUUUAUGCUUUCAUCUUUCAAGUAAAUCCAUACCCCAUAACAGCAGUGUCCAGUGAAUCAGGAAGUCAAUGGACAGGGUGGUGGGCCACUAACGCGAAUCACGUGACCAGAACUGCGAAAAGGGGCGAAGAUGCCCAAAAAAGGGGGCAUGUCUGUCCAAAGAAUAGGAAGGUCAGCCUGGCAUCAGUGUCCAUAUGUAUCACAGUGUCAGUGUCCUCAUGUCUCCCAGUGUCUCAGUCUCCUAAUUUCUCCCAGUGUCCCCAUGUCUCAGUCUGUCCUGUGUCACUAGGAUACUAGGGAACACUGAGAGACAUGGGUACACAGUGAGACAUGGGGACACUAAGAGACCCAGGGACACUGGGACAUUUGGGGACACUGGGAGAAAUGGGGACACAGACAUUUGGGGACACUAAGAGACUAGGGACACUGAGAGACAUGGGAACACAGACACUGGGAAACAUGGGGACACUGAGACACUAGGGAAACUGGCUGAGAGGCAUGGGGAUACUGAGACAUUUGGGGACACUGGGAGACAUGGGGACACUGACUGUGAGACAUAGGGAUACUGGCGGACAUGGAGACACAGACACUGGGGACACUGGCUGGGAGACAUGUGAACACUGGGAGCCAUGGGGACACAGACACUGGUAGACUAGGGGACACUGGAAGGCAUGGGGACACUGAGACACUGGCUGGGAGACAUGGAGACACUGUGUCCCUAGUGUCUCCAUGUCCCAAUGUGUCUCCCAAUGUACCUAUGUCUCACAGCAUCACCAUGUGCCUCAGCGUCCCCAUGUCUCAGUGUCCCCUAGUGUCUCAGUGUCUCAGUGUGUCCCCAGGUCUUCCAGUGUCCCUUAGUGUCCCCAGGUCUUCCAGUGUCUCAGUGUUCCCAGGUCUACCUGCUGCGUUUCCGCUCAUCCCUCACUUCCCUGAGCUGUAGUCUGUCUCUGCUGGCUGGGAGCUGCUGUCUGAACUCUCUGUGCUGUGUAGCUGCUCUUAGGGUCCGUAGAGGCGACCCUCUCCCUUCCUUAUCCUGUAUAGUGAAAAUGGAGAAGAGCGCAUAUGGUGCAAUAAUGUAGAUCUUAUUUAUAUGAUGGUAAGGUAAAAUAGGGUACUUACAAACCCAGAGCCUUCCAAAUAGGCUCAGAUGAAAUUGCUUAUGUGGUUAAGGACCACAUUCCUUCUUUAAAAUAUUAGCAGUAAAAAAUGCCAAUAGUGAAUAGUGAAGUAUAUAAAAAUAUUCCUCAGUUCUCCAGGACACGUUUCGCCAUAUAGGCUUCCUCAGCUGGAUGAAAAAGUCUCUGUACCCUAUUUUACCUUACCACCAUAUAAAUAAGAUCUACAUUAUUGCACCAUAUGCGCUCUUCUCCAUUUUCACUAUACAGGAUAAGGAAAUAAAGAACACCAUUUAAAGAAGGGAGAGGGUCGCCUCUACGGACCCUAAGAGUGCACUAAUUGAGCUUAAUCGUUUAGCUCUUUAAAUUGUGAGUUGGGAAUUUACUUUACCUUUUUCAAUAAAACAUUAUACGGUUUACACUAUAAAAUGUUUUUUGUAUUUGUGUUUUUAAGGAACUACAAAUUUACCACUAGGACCCCAAUAUAGGAUAAAAGGUUUAAAGGACCACUCUAGGCACCUAGACCACUUCAGCUUAAUGAAGUGGUCUGGGUGCCUGGUCCCUCUAGGAUUAACCCAUUUCUUUUAUAAACAUAGCAGUUUCAGAGAAACUGCUAUGUUUAUAACUGGGUUAAUCCAGCCCUUGAAGCCUCUAGUGGCUGUCUCAUUGACAGCCGCUAGAGGCGCUUGCGUGAUUCUCACUGUGAAAAUCAGUGAGAACACGCAAGCGUCCAUAGGAAAGCAUUGUAAAUGCUUUCCUAUGAGACCAGCUGAAUGCGUGCGCAGCUCUUGCCGCGCAUUCAGCCAAAAGGGAGGAGAAGAGGAGGAUCGGAGGAGGAGAGCUCCCCGCCCGGCACUGGAAAAAGGUACGUUUUAACCCCUUUCCUUUCCCCAGAGCCGGGCGGGAGGGGGACUAGUAUGUUUUCCUGGCACUAUAGUGGUCCUUUAAGAUAUAUAUAUAUAUAUAUAUAAUUUCUUUCUGCACUGAAAAUCACCCAUAUCCAACUAUAAGCGCUUCACCAUCACACUGGUUUUACAAUUUCUAUUUGACAAGAUAAGUUCAUGGUGAUAUAGCCGCUGUCUGUAAAUUAUAUUUCACAAGUUUGUAAUAUUCCACCUCAAUAUUAGUGCUGGUACUUGAUUGUUUUUUCAUUUGUAAUCUCCAUUUAUACUGAGAAAAAUAUCUGCAUUUGUAUUGCCGGUAUUACAGCAAUACCGGCACGGCCAGGCAGCCUCAUAUACUGGCUGUGCCGGUAAAAUACCAGUCAGGUGGUAAAUGGGCCUGGGCCUGGAGCUGCAGCUCUAUCAGCCCCUAUGUUAACCCGGCCCUGGUUAAGGGGCGAAGGUUGGAAUUACGAUAGCCUUAGUGUGGUUUUUAGAGUUAAGGGACCAAAGGCCAGAAAUGGUUUUAGGAUUAGGGGCUCCUACCUUCAAGAUACUGUACACCAGGGGUGCCCAAAAGAUAUCUCCCCAAAUGUUUUAAAGGACCACUCUAGGCACCCAGACCACUUCAGCUUAAUGAAGUGGUCUGGGUGCCAGGUCCUUCUAGGGUUAACCCAUUUUUUAAUAAACAUAGCAGUUUCAGAGAAACUGCUAUGUUUAUGAAUGGAUUAAGCCUUCCCCCUAAUCCUCUACUGGCUGUCUCAUUGACAGCCACUAGAGGCGCUUGCGUGCUUCUCACUGUGAUUUUCACAGUGAGAGCACGCAAGCGUCCAUAGGAAAGCAUUGUAAAUGCUUUCCUAUGCGACGGGCUGAAUGCGCGCGCAGCUCUUGCCGCGCGUGCGCAUUCAGCCCGGGAGGAGGAACGGAGGAGGAUCGGAGGCAGAGAGCUCCCCGCCCAGCACUGGAAAAAGGUAAGUUUAACCCCUUUCCCCUUUCCAGAGCCGGGCGGGAGGGGGUCCCUGAGGGUGGGGGCACCCUCAGGGCACUAUAGUGCCAGGAAAACUAGUAUGUUUUCCUGGCACUAUAGUGGUCCUUUAAAGCUACAGCUUCCAUGAUGCUUUGUCGUUCUAAAGGCAUGCAAACACUAUGAGAGUUGUAGUUCUACAACAUUCGUAAAUCUACCUUUUGAGCCCCUGUGAUGUAGAUUGUAGCUCCUAUGACUUUUAGCUAGGUUUUAGGACUACAGCAUCAUUAUUACAUUGCUUAUUUUAAAGCAACUUUGUUCUGUUGCAUUUUUUUAAUAUAAACUAGAAAAGCUCCAAUUUCUCGGGAAAUUGUGUGAAGUGUUCUUGCCUCCACCAGUAGUCUACAACUGGAGUGGGCGGAGUAACUGUUAUUAUUUAUUUAUAUAGCACAUUUAAUUGCAACGUUGAUGCCCAAAGUGCUUCACAGUUACAUUAAAACAUACAUUUAUAAAAACAUUAGCAGGUGUACAAAAGGCCCUGUCUAUGACAUCACUUGCUGCUGCAGCCUGGCACAGGUCAGAGUAUUUUGGCGGUUGCCAUCUUGGUCGUAUUUUAAAAACUAUAAAUCCUACAGCAAAGAGCUUUAUAUUGUGAGAAUCACAAGACCCAGACCUACAUUUUGAUGCAUAGUAUGUCUCUGACGUAAUAAAAAUGAAGGCACAGUCGCAGUUUAGAAAUUGCCCUUCAAGUUUGAGCUGGCUAGAGUGGAGUUUCAAUGAAUGCCAAUGGACAGCAUGAGUUGCAAACAAAUGGUCAUAUUGUGAAAACUAUCAGGACUAUGGCUUAGCCGUUGACAUGUUUAGUGGCAGCAGGGAUAGCUGAACGUUUUGAUAUAAGAUUUGUGUAGGUGGGCCUGAAAAUGAGGGAGUGGUGGCAGUUUAGAAAUCAUGUCCUGAUUUUUCAGCUUUUGCCAGCUCCCACUCUAGUUUUGAACAUUUUGCCAUUCAUUCCUAUGGGACCAAUUUCGCCACAAGAAUGACGAUAUUCCGUGAACCAUUUGGCGAAACAUUGCAAAAAGUAAUAGCACACCAAUCGGGAACAAUCCGCACGUUUCGGUAUAUUACUGUCUAUGUAGUGUAGCAGGCUUAUGCAAUGUAUGAUCAUAUAAUGUAACUAAAUCCCCAUACUUUUCAUAUAUAGUGCUUAGUUAUGUCUCCUCUUGUUUUACCUUGUAUCUUUUGUCUUGUUUUAUUUUGUCUUGUAUUCCCAGUUCAUGUACAGUCCUGUCCUGCCCUGUUCUUGUUUUCCUCAUGUCUUGUGUACAUGUUCUGGGUUCUGCUUUCUGUCCUGCUCUGGUUCUGGGUUCUCCUAGUUUUGUCUUGUUUUCAUGUAUGGUGCUUAUCUCUAGUCUUGCCUUGCUUCUGUACUGGAUACACUCCUGCUGCAGAGCCUCCCUAUUCAGCUCCUGGGAGGUCUGCUUAAUUCCAAGCUCCUAGAUCCUGGGAUCCGCUGUAGCUGCAUCAGGGUUUUGGUAUGUGGCUGCACAAACGCUGGUGCUCAACACCAGGGGGCGUGCGGUUACCAAGCACCAGACCCUGACCUAUCCACUCUCAUGCUAAAGACUCCCACUUAUCAUCAGGCAUUCUGGGUCCCGGUCCAGGCCCCGCCGCCCGGACAGUGUCUGGGUCCCGGGCACAGGACCGCCACCCUGACACUGGGGAAAUUUCAGAAUUUGCUAAGACCCCCAACGGUGACAUCGUCCAGUGGUCCAGGGUGGGCAAACAAAGGUAAGUUCUACUUGCCUGAACCUGUCCCUUAACUGGUAAUACUUGGGGUAUGACGUGGAUAGAGGAAUAACUUAAAAAGCAGAUAGAGAUAAAAUGGUAUAACCGGUCAGAAACACCCGAGAGAGUUGCAAACUCAAUUUCUUAGAGAGGAAAAAAGCAUUUAAUGCAAAACACCAACAAAGAUACUAUCUGUUAGUGAAAGAAGCCAUGCUGGGCAAAAUUCAAAGUCAUACCUUUAAAAUCACCAUGCACCUUACUCACUAAUCAGAGAGAUGUUUUGAGUUAGCAGUAUGAACAAUAUAUUAACUAAAAUAACACAAGAAAUGGAACUAAAUGGAAAUAUCAAGUGGUUUGGAAAAGAGAACUGUAUUUUUUUUAAAUUAUUGUUUUCAUUUUUAUUUUUGUAGUGCAAUGACAGAUAAAGGCAAAUGUAAGCAAGUUACUGUGAGAAAUUCAGAUGGUUUCAAUGCGGGAUAUGGUAGCAAGUAAAAUAUGUACAUGCACCCAUAGGUUGUUGCACAUAAUAAACUGGCUUCCGCAUUCUCACUGCUUGCGUGAGAGAGAAUCGUAUUUAUUUUCCAUUCAAAAAUGUUACUCAUUUAAACAUUCCUAACAAACUUUUGAUCUGCUAGAUUUAAAUAUAAUUUUUUUUGUCCAGAAAAGCAAUGUAAUAGGCACAUAUUGGAUUGUUGUUGCGUCAGUGCUCAGUACAGAAGAUCUGAUGGUGAUAAAUUAGUUAAUUUAACAAAUUUUUAUUUGCGAAAAAUAUAUAAGGUGAUAAAGUUUGCCUAAAGAUUUCCUUGUAACCCUUUAGAGGACGAUUGUCUUGUGAAUCAUAUCCCUUUGGAAAUUCCAGCUCUUUCCCCGGGAGCUCCCACAUCAGACAGGAUAAAGCAGGUACGAGCUUUAAUUUGUAAACUAUUAACUUGACGAUUCCAUAUUUUUAAUGCUGCUUCCUUUCCUUCCAUCAGCUUCAACAUUCUAGUUCAUAUUUUUGCAGUUUUUGAACAACAAAAAUUGUUAUUGGUGACAAAAUGAAUAUAUGAAUUAAAUGUGAGUCUAAAAAGUGCUCCGUUACUUUAUUAAUUCCAGUGUGGCUGCUGGAUUGCUGCUGCUGGGCUGGCUCCUGUGCUGCUGGGCAGACAGGAAGUUAAUGGAAGCAACAAGGGAGCGGUAAUCUUCCUGCUCUGUUCCCUUGUGCGCCGCUUAGUUAUGCUGGGAGCUGGAGUGAUGUCAUAUCCUGCCUCCCAGCAGCACAGAAGGGCACGCGAGGGAGAAGAGGAAGACCUCAGAGGACAGUGCUCCCUCGCCACUCACUAGCAAUAACAGCCGCCGCCCACCUCGAGGGGUUGGGGAGGGAGGCUAAGUUGGCCAGCCAGCUCUUGUAGCCCCAAUGAAAGAGGCUAACAAGGCAUCUGCCACAUUGCCACCCCUCUGAAAGUGCCGCCCAAGGCAAAUGCAGCACUGAUGAGGACUUUGGAAGGCAUUUCUCCCUGUACUAGAGUGUUUCUGCAAAUGGGAAACACCAGAUGUCUGGUGGGGCUUCAGUGUGCAGUAUUUCUUUUCAGAAUACAUAAAGGGAAUCAACACAGUAAAGGAGGAGACUAUAUUUAAAAGAAGAGAAACUACCAAGAGGACAUUGUCUUAAAUUAGAGGGGGAAAGGUUUAAAAAUAUCAGGAAGUAUCAGUUUACUGAGAGGGUAGUGGGUGCAUGGAAUAGCCUCCCAGCUGAAGUGGUAGAGGUUAACACAGGGAAGGAGUUUAAGCAUGCGUGGGAUAGGCAUAAGGCUAGCCUAACUAUAAGAUAAGGCCAGGGACUAAUGAAAGUGUUUAGAAAAUUGGGCAGACUAGAUGGGCUGAAUGGUUCUUAUCUGCUGUCACAUUCUAUGUUUCUAUGUUAAUGCAUUCAUCCCACAUCACCUGUAAUUAAUUUGGGCACACCAAGCAUGAAGCUCAUCUCUCAACUGAAUUAAGAACCUUACAUGGAAUGUUUGUGUAAAUGUGCAUUCCUCAGCAUAGACAGCUGUGGUUUGGUGUUGUACAGACAAAUAAACUACUAGUACGGCAUAAUAAAUAAUACAAUUAGACACAAUUUCUCAGACUAAAGGUGCCACCUGCUGCCAAAUUGUGAAAAUGCACAUUUACAGAGUAUGCCAGUGGUUCUUCAUUUUCUUUAUACAUACAUAUUUCUACUGGUAUCCCAUUCUUCAAAAGUAUAAUUAGCACAGUGUGUCAUCAAUCAUUUAUAAUAAAUGUAACAAAACACAUUUGUUGUUUAACUUUGCCAGGCUCUUCCUAUUGUCAAAGAUGUUUCAACAUAAUUGCCUAAGGGCCAAUAAAAUAGACAUUAAAUGUGAUACUGCUACCAGCUAAAUUUCAUUAGAGAUCAUUGGUAGUAUUAAUUCCUUAGCACCAACCAGUGCAAGCAACACAAAUUCCUGAUAAUGUGAUUGAGUUUAAAAAGCAGAAUGAUAUCCAUUUGAAUCAGGUUUCCCUAUUUCUGUUAGGCUUUGGGGGUGUAGGUUUUAAAAGAAUAUUGGGUGGGGCGCUCUCCACUGCAUUGUUAUUGUUUUUUUAAUUUAUCUCUUUUGUUUUGCAUUUAUACAUUCACAGAUGUUGAUAGAGUAGCAUUAAAAUAUAUGAUGGUGGCAGGGUGGGGGGGGGGGAGGUAGGGCCGGACCGCCAUGGUGAAUGGUUGCAUGUUAUAUAAUCACCUGAGGGCAGCAGCCUUUUAUCACUGACAACAGGGCAGUUUUCACUCCUCAUGUGUCAGAAAUCUGAGGCUAAAAGCCCAACCAACUGCUGAUGUUGUUCCUGCACUCGGGACUCGGAAUUUUGGCUCCUUUGUGAGCAACUCGAGGCCUCCUGAAUUGCAGCCUACCUGGCCUGGGAGUGGGGUAGAUGGCUGCUGCCCUUCCCUAUUGCUAACCUGCUACACACCGCCCCUUUGACAUAAUCUGUUGUUUACCAAGAAUAUUAAAUAGAGGAACCCUUCAAGCCAUGCGGCUUGCCCAAGAUGGCCGCAGCAUUGAAACUGCAGCAUAACCAGUAGAGCCUGACAGGCCAAGAUUGGAGAGAAGCCUUCAACAAAAGAUUUGAUGCAAUCUGUCAGGUCUUUUGGGACUGUCUCACCAAGCGACAACCCACACUUACCCCUCCUGUGCCGCAGACAACCCUGGAAGCAGUGCCGGUUGCCUGUUCCUCUUCUAGGCUGGGUGCCCAAAUGGAGUUAUCUCCAAGCCGCAGUCGAUAUACCUGUGGGGAAGCCUGAUUUUCCAGAAAACAUGUGGGCCCACGAUCCAGCUGCUCAAAGCAGGAGGAUCCAUGGACUAAGGGCACUGGCUCGGAGCCGCAGCUACAGAGAACUGCAGCACUCAGAGCUACUGACCACCCGCCUGCUGCACAUACUGCUUAACAUGCCUGUGUGGAGCAGAGGGGCCAAGACACCAGACAUGGAGACGGACUUUCUGCUAUGGCCCGCAAGUGGUGUGGAUUGAUCUCAGCCGACAAUAUCUGCUCCUGUACCUCGCCUGUUGCCGGAAAAACACUAAUUAAAUGCUCAGCGCUGAUGUUUGCUGGUUUGCCUAACACUCCACUACCUGCUAUCAUCCAGUGGCACCAUGCCUAUAUUACCAAUGUUUUUUCUUUCUUUUCUUCUUAGUGUUUGUCACAGUAAACUACAGCAUAAUGUCCAUGCGAUGUAUGAUGUAUUCCGGUCUAAGCGUAGAUAUCGACUGUUGUUUAUUUUAAUUACUCUAACAUAAAGAGAGGCUUGUGCAAUCUUGUGGCAACGAGCAACAUGUUUAUCUAGCAUCAUAUAUUUUCCAGUGUAGACCUAGCCUGUUUAUUAUAUUGUAAAAAUGUGCAGUUGUAUCAAAUUACCUUGUCUGUUGUCUAAUCGAAACGCUUACAUUAGCUAUAGUGGCAUUGUGAGCUUGUUGUAAUCUUUUGCACUACAAAAAAUUAGAAUUAAAAUAUAUAUAUGAUGGCAAAUUGGUAGUAUACACAUAGUUAUGACAAAUAUAAUGAGAAAAGAAAAAGCAUCAAUCAAUUGCUAUUUUAUGGGGAUGACUAGGGGAUUGGGGGACCCUAGCCACAGAGGUGGGGUAUGACAUGUCAUUAAAGCAUUGUUUGAAAAAAACAAAGAGUAAAAUGCACACACAAUAAAAGGGGGAAUACUUUCUGCAGGGUGAUCCAGAAAGGGAGGGCCAAUACCUGAAGACAUCAAAUGGAUGAAAAGAAAUAUCCAGGCACACCUGAGGUUUCUUUUAAAAGGCAGUCUUUAUUUGAAACAAGGAAGUGGAGACAACGUUUCGGCUCCUCUCUGAUAAAGGCUUAGAGAGGAGCCAAAACGUCUUUUUGAUGACAGUAUAGCAUUACCAACCCCUUAUUUAUUUUAUUUAAUUGGAGCCCCUACUCGCGGCCCAUGGGUGGGGCACUGGGGGGAACACUAAGUCCUUCCCCCUCAUUUUAUAUUUAGGGCCUCCACCCGCCACCCAUGGCUGGCAGCCAGGAAAAGGACAUCAGUUCCUCCACCUUAGUUAUUAAUAUUAAAGCCCACACCUGCAUCCAAUAGAUAGGGCAGGUGGGGGACAAUAGGUCCUCCACCCUGAAUAUAAUAUUACCCACCUGCUGACCAUGGCUGGGAGUGGGGAGACAAAAGGAUGUCCCCUCCUUAUUCUAUCAAAAUUCCCAUCUCCUGGCCAUGGGUAUGGUACAUGUUCUCCUACAACCCCAUGUUAUUUCACCGACCCCAUCCCCACGGGAUGCAGCCUUUACUAGCCACUAGGCAGCAUCUCUUAAAACUCCCCCACCCAAUGCCCACUGUGGGGACCGUGUUUUUCUUCUUUUUUUAAUGUAGCUCCUGGCUGGCAACUGCUGGCCAGCUGCUAAAUAAUUAACCUUCUAGUUGCUGAAUGAUUUGUAACUAUUCGUUUAGUUUGGAUUUUUUUUUUUAAAUGUAACACUCGGUUUACAUAUCAGACAUCUGACGGCAUUUGGUCUGGCUGACAUCUGGACCAAGUUCAGGCCUGUUGAGGGCCUGUAUUUUUAAAUCUGGAAUUUCAUGAGCAAUGUCCGGAUUUUGCAGUCAGAAUGACUCCAUAUGCAACCGAGCCAUUCAGACUUAUGUGAACGACCCCAUUAAUUUACAUCUACACGCUCCCUAUACCAAUAACCAAGGUGUGUCAGUGCACACUAGAGGGCAGUCUUUAGCCAUUUAGCUAGUUUGCAUUCGCAACAUAAGUAGUGUUCGACAAGAGCAAUCAAAAUAUUUUUCCACUUCUGGGCCUAGUUAAAGUAUUUCUCUGCCUCAGUAAAAUUGAAACAGAUAUACUUAAAGUCUGAGCCAUUGGUGGCCAUUAAAACAACACUUGAAACACAAUGAUUUACAAAACAGCAGAACGUUAUAUCCAUUAUUUAACCUGUCAAGGAUCAAGGUAACUGUCUAAUUCAUAAGCAAAACAAAACCUAGAAUUCUGAUCCAUUCUUGUUCAACUGUAAUUUUAACUUUCAUGUUAAAGGGGCACUCUAAAAACAAUUUUAGAUAAUUAUGCAGAUUUGGUACAUAGAUUAUGCCCCUGCAGUCUAACUGCUAAACACACACAUACACAAAUAUAAGUGGGAUAUACUGAGUAUAUAUAGGCAGGAAUAAGUAGAGCUAUCACUAAGCUAUAUCCAAGUACCAGUUGUUCGACAUCCCACUCAAUUACCUUCUCAUUCCCUUUACACAUUACCAGUGGCUGCAAUUAUUCUUUUAAUUCUCUCAGGCCAUCACCUCCAAAUUCCCCCUGCUACCUCUUGCCUGAAGUGCCCACUUAACUUUUAUAUUGUAAGGUCAUGAUCUAUCUAGUUUUUUUCAUAAAAGAGCUUCAGUGGCUAAUUCUCAGCUCAGGGUCAGGGCCCUCUAUACCUUGUAUAUUGGUCUAGUAAUAUGACAGUUUAGGCAAGGGUCUAGUUUGUCUUAUAACAAUUGUAUACCGUAUAUACUCGAGUAUAUACGGUAUGUAGUCUUUACUAUAAACAUAUUGUGCUUAAUAACAUUUUAUAUGUGUUUAAAUUCUAGCCUGAAGAAAAUGACUGUCCGAUAAUGACUAUCAACGCAUUAUCUGGUAUGUACCUUAUAUAUAUGUGUGUAAUUCCCAGGUAUAUUCAUUUUAUUAUUUUCUUACAUAUAUUAGGUUUGUAAUAUUAAUGCAGUAAAUAAGAAUAUAUAUUUCUUGACAGACAAGACAGUAGUAAAAAAAUAUAUAUCAAGAAUUCCAGUUUGCAAAUUAUUUUUUAGUGUUAUUUCAAAUGACAUUAAGACAACAGUGCACUAGUGCCAGGAGUCCUCUGGUACUGUCACAUGGUAAGGAGUCAAAUAAAUGUUAAUUGUAUUAAAGCUUACCUGCGUCCCUUGAUUACCUGCGGUCCUUUCGGGACUUUGGUUAUAACUCUUAAGCGGAUGUUUACCUUCUGCUUUAGCAAUAUCAACGUUGUCCUUAUUUGAAGGUCCCAGCUCAGUCAAUGAAUGGAUACCAUUCGUUGACUGAGCUGGGACUUCAACUUUAGCAAUGUAAUUGAAGACCAGAAGGACUGCAGGCACCCAGGGAACCCAAAUAAGUGCCAAUUCAUUUGAAAACGGAUUUCCUUCCUACCAUGGGGCUCCGCCAGGUAACUCCUUUCUCCAAAGCGCUACAGUUGACUGUAUAGGUUAUGGUGCUAAGACUACCCUUUAAAUUAUGGAAUCAUUUGAUUAAAUUUUUUUUUUCCAACCCUGCUUUUCUAGAGAAAAGCGAAGUAUGGUUGCCCUAGGAAAUGGCUAUUGUCUCAUUAGUAAAGAAUCUUUCAGAAUGACUUGUCCACUGAUGUUCAUUUGUGGGAGACAUAGAGCCUACCUUUUUGAAUGAUUCAUAAGGUUGACUUUGAGGUGCUCUGUUUAUAUUUUAUCUGUUGAGAUUAUGCAAUACACUUCAAAAAUGUCUUUUUUAUGUCAAAACCUUUCUCAAGUAUUAAGCCUACAAAUGAAUCAAAACAAUAGUUUGCUGUCCAACAAUAUUUUUUUUUUAAAUUUAGAUUUAACAAAAAUCACCAACUUGACGCAGGAAAGCAACGAGACCUGCUGUUUCCCACCAACUAUUAGUGACUUGCUGAAUGACGAGGAUAUGCUGUAUACUCUCCAGAUUAAGUUAGAUCCUUGCUAUCCUACUGUGAAAAACUGGAGAAACUUUGCCAGCAAGUGGGGAAUGAGUUAUGAUGAGUUAUGCUUUCUGGAGCAAAAGCAACAAAGUCCUACUAUUGGGUUCCUACUACGCAACAGUGAAAGGACUGUGGAUCAGCUGAUUGACUUGUGCAAACUCUAUAAGCGGGUUGACGUCCAGAAAGUGUUAUCGAAAUGGGUCAAUGUGGAAUGGCGUCUGAGGCUACAUAAUAAUUUCAAAAGCAGUGUGUGAACUAAAAUACUUGUGGACUUAUUUUGCUUCCAUAUGCAUCAUUAUUAUGGCAUUUACUGUAUGUCUGGUCUAGCCAAUAGAAGGGAAUUCGUCUUAAAAAAAAAAAAAAUGAAUAUGAUAUGGUAGCAUUAUAUUAUUAUCCUAUACCUUCAAAGUGGCAAAAUAUAUGCAUUCUUGGAGUAUCUUUCUUGCUGGUAUUUCCAUUCUAGACAGGAGAUGGCUAACCUGAUACUUAAUAUGUAAGUAAUUAUAAAGAGACUCAGACUAAGAAAUAGAUUAAAACUGAUAUGAUUUCACUGUGUACAACUACAGUUUAAAUAUCCCGGACAAGUCCUCCCUCUGGGCGCCAUCAGCCAAUCCCAGAGCGAGUUCGGCUUCAACUCUGCUGUUCCUCAAUAUGUGUUACUUUAACUCCACUGUUCCUCAUUAUGUGUUUUUUUUUCUUUUUCUGUCUGAGGAUUUCAACUAUGAGUGCUCUAUUAUCUUCCUACUUGCAAAUAACCUUCUUUUCAAUGUAAAUACUGAACCUUUCUUUAAAACAACCUUUAUUAGAAUUAUCCAAUAAAUAAAACAUUUUAAAAAAGAAUUAUGCAUAUUCCAUCAGUUUAUAAAGUGUUAAAAUCUAGGGGGUGGGGCCUAAGCGUCAUGGCAGCAGGACGUAUCUUGAUGGAGCUUCUACUCCUGAACUAAUAUUCUACGAGCUAUUCAACUACUACUAGUCUCAGUUGACACUGAAACAUCUGUACCCAGAGCCUUUACUGGACAGGAUGAUUUUGAUCGGUACUUUACAGUGUCUGCUCCUUCUUUGGGGUACGUGAGUGGCCGGAUGACCGUGGUCCACGCAGCAUCGACCCUUACCAAACUCAUCUAUGGGUUAUCCUGGCCCCCACUGGACUGUUCUGUAUACAGUUCCUUACCGUUGAGCAUCUAAUCCCGCCAUUUCCGGCAAAACAGUGCACACACAAGAUGGCGGAAGCUUUGCUCCCAUCAUGGAAGGCUAGACGCUGCCACAGACAACUCUACCAAACUCCACAGAGUACUCCCUCUUGAAGCUGGAAGGUAUUUUCAAAUGCUUUUGGGCAACCUUGACGGUACCACCCAAAUCUAAAGCUGGGGAUCGGAGGAGUAACUGGCAAAGAGUUAGAGUGCCCCCUUUGGGUACAUCAUUUAAGCAAAAUCUUGUUUGGCCCCAAAUUAUCACCCACAUUGGUAGAGGUCCAUCCGCAAUAAGAGGUUAGUAAACACCAGGACCCACUCCUCUCCAUAACAUAUGAGGGACUUGGACUUUGCAAGUUCAUGGUAUUGAAAUGCUGUCCUACACUUCAUCUGGGGCAAAGGUAAAGCCCUACUUUACUCCAGUUCUGCAGCUGCUCUCCAUUACCCUCCUAUUAAUCCCAGUGGCCUGCCAACUUCUGGAAUCGGGUAAAUUUGGACUCAUGUUAUGUGAAGGCCUUUCACUUCAGAUUUACUAUUACAUAAUCAAAGUGAACGUCAUCUUGUUCUGUUGUUUUUUGACAUGUUGCCUUUUCUUUUUGUUUUCACUGGCAUGAUGCUUGUAGCACUUUAAUGUGGACGUAAUGUCCAGUCCCAGUGGUAUAUUCUCUAUGGAAUGUGUACCUCGACCAUGUAACGGUGUCCAAGCAUACUCCUAAGACACUGUUUAGUAACUGGUGCUUUUUAUGCUCUCUCAGUUGCACACUCUGCAUCUCCCUUACAUAUCUCUCAAUUUCUUACUGACUACAUUACCUUUUAUGAAACUGUGGCCAUCUAAAUUAUUGCUUGUAUACUCUUUCAUUAUUGUUUUACUUUAUAAACAUUAGGCUGUUUUUUCUAGGAACUUAGUUUAACAUGUUGCAAUUCUUGUUCAUGUGCCAUCAUUCCUAAUGCUACUUUAUAUCUUGUAUAAAUCUAAUGUCUCAAUAAAAGAACCAUUGACAAAAAAAAA